AUGUUGGGAACAUUGGGAACAUCAGCUCUUAUAUUGUAAGUUUAUGACUAUUACACCAAUACAAAACUGAAUUUUUGUUUAUAUUUAUAGAUGUUUUACUUUAAUUAUACUAUUGAAUACUGAAGUACUGAAGGCGGCGAAAUAUUACUGUUAAGGCGUGUUGAACGUGUCUUGUAUUAGAAGUUGCUAUAUACUGUAUAUUUGGUUCCUGACUAUAGUUUACAAAAUACUAUAAUGGACCGUACAAGGAUUCCUUCCUGUACCCGAUGCAAACUGAGUUAUCAAAUUUCAGGUAUCUAAUAAUUAAAUUGUUUUCAUGUCAAUCUACUACCAUUAAAUUUUGUAUAUCUGUUGAUUAUUUAAAUCCUUAUAAUCCGAGUUAGGUAGCCUCAGUGAGGAGCUCUUCUACCUUUUUUUUUUUUAGAGCCCUCUAAUUAUUUAAAGUAGGUCAACUGGGCGGUAUGUUUGUUUUUGUAAAUCAUGAUAUUUUAAAAAUCAUAGGUACUUAUUAUUAACUCAGAUAUACUCAAUAUUGUAAAUAUUUGCAUUAUUAAUAGUAUUAUAAAGGAUAUCAAUAAAUAUGUAAGCAAAAAUACGGUCUGCAAAAGCAUUAUUUAUUUAUAAUAAAUAUAUUAUUUUAUUUUUUUAAUUUUACUAUUACUAUUAUUUUACUAAGAGAUAUUGAAACAACACCUAUCAGGGAUGUACUUAGAAAAUUUUUGUGGGGGUCCAUAAUUUUUAUUUUAUUUAUUUUCGGAAAAUUUGAAUGUGUCACACAUUUCUAUCCAAUGAAUUGUUUCUAAGUAACAUAUGUUUUAAAUUCUACUAAUAUUUGUGAAAACCGAUAUUAUCGCAUAAUGCAGUUACAUUAUUCUUUAGAUAAUAUCGGUUUUCACACAUAUUAGUAGAAUUUAAAACAGCUGUUACUUAGAAACGAUUAAUUGGAUAGAAAUGUGUGAUAAGUUAAAAUUUUCAGAAAAAUAAACUCUAUAGAAUGGCUUUCUUAAAAUUUUCUGAAAAUAAUAAUAAAAAAUGAAUUAAAAAAUAAAUGUUUGUAGUCCUUAUCUCUGUGAGUAAUAUAAAAAAAAAAUAUCAAAAUUUGAUUAUCUUUAUUAUCUUCGGAGAUAUUCAAGGGGUAUAUCCUUGUGUGAUAGUCUGUAUAAAAAAUGCCUACACAAAUUAAUUGAUGGGGUGAGUGAUUGACCCAAUUACACCCUCCCCUCAAAUACGCCCCUGCUCAUAACAGUUAUAAUACACACAUAAUUCUAUUUUCAAUGGUAUGAUUUACUGGUUAAUUUUCAGUAAAUUAUGUUAUAAAUUGAUUAUCGAGAAAACAUCUGAUAAAGUAGUUUUACACCUUUAAAUAUUUUAAAUAGUUUGAUAUUUAUAAUUUUUGUGCUUUUAAACUCAAAUAUGAUUAUGGUAAUAUAAUUAAUACAUUUAAUUUAUUUUAAAUUUGUAUUCAUUCUGCUACAAAAAGUUGCAUAUUAAGGGAUUCCACCUUCUCCCCUAGAAAAAUUUAAUUUUUAUAAUAUUAGUGAGCUUAUUAUAGUUUAGGUGAGCUUAGCCGUUUAAAUUGUGUUAACGAAUCAUCAAUAAAAAAACAAGUCUUAGAUCACUGUUAACAGAUAUUGCAGAAGAAGGUUUUUGAAUUUUGUGUAAUAUUAUUUCUAUAACAUAGCUUAAGUAAAUGUGUAAUACUUAUUAUGUACAACAUAUUUGUAAUUAUUAUUUACAUUAAAAAUGUCUAUUAUUACAGUGGCUGAUUGGUAUUUGUAAUUUAAUUGUAUUGAGUAUUGUGCAGUAAAGCAGCCUAAGUUAUAGACAGUUUGUUGAGCAUUUAAAAUAAUAAUAAAUCAUUUUUUCUAAUUGUUAUACAUACCUACUAUCAAUUUUUUUUUUACAUGUUAACCUUAAAUAUCUGUACAUAAUUCUUUUUAUUGCUUACAUUAUACUCUUCUUCUACUAUGAUUACUUUGCCAAAUAUUUAUGAUAAAUUAAACAUUCUUAUUAAUUAUAAAAAAAAAUCCUUUAUUUUUUCUUCAGUACUUAUUACCUUAUAAUUAUAUAAUCUACUUAAUGAUAUAUAUAUUUUAGAAUGCAUAAUUCUUCAUUUUAUAGAUUAGUUUUAUUGGCAGCUUUUUUAAGAUCUGAAAAUAAUGUAUUUUUUCUUUUUUCAUUACAUUAUGUUUUUAACCAAAAUACCUAGAGAUAAUAAAAAAAGAAAAACUUCCUAUUUUAAAAAAAUGAAUCUUAUAUUAAUUUGACAUGUUUAUACAUACUAUCAUAAUAUUGUAUUUCUAUUUAAUAUUUAUAUAGUUAUAUAGUUUUUUUUUUGAAAAGAAUAAAUUUAGAACAAUAGAUAUCUAUUUGUAUUAAAUGUAUUCAUUGUUUUAAAUAAUUCUAGACAUUUAUGAAACAAAAGAUAAAAUAAUUUAACAUAUUAAAUAGUAGUUUCAAGAGUUAAUAAAUAAUAAUAUAAUGUUAUUUUAUUAACCAGCUUGAUUAUUAUAUUCCAUAAUUCAUAGUAUGUAAUAGUUCAUAAUUUUUAAUUAAUAUGUAAAGUUAAAUUUUCUACAAAUACUACUCAUCAUAUGUAUAUUUCUCACCACUAGAAAAACCCACCCACUCAUCUUCAAAAAAUUUAUUCAGGCGGUUGCCUGACCUCUAUAUCUCAAGUUUGGCGGUAUUAUUGAUUGGGUUUUUUAAUGUUAUUUCACUAGAUAUUAAUUUAUGAUUAUAGAUACAAAUAGAUACAAGGUUCCGAUGUUACUAAACUGUGGACAUGAUAUGUGCAAAAAUUGCAUAAAAUUUAUGUUCAAGAAGAAUAGACAGAUAAUUUGUGAAGUCUGCAAAACUGAUUGCAAGUAUGAGAAAUUGUUUAGUUAUGCUUUAUUUGAUUUUUAAAUUACUACCUACAUGUCUAUUUAAUUAUUUUUAAAAUUUCUAAAAUAUAGGAUAGAAAGCGAAAGUGAUAUAAAUAAUAUACCACUACACUACUAUUUACUUGGCAAAGUGUGGUAUUUAAUGACUAACAAGCCAAAAGAAAUGUACCGAAAUUUAUCGAAUUUGCAACUAAGAAAUUUAACGAGUGAUUUUGUACAAAAAAGUAGUGAGUUUAACAAAUAAUAAUUUGAAUUAAUCUAACAUUUUUAACAUUUAUAUAUAUAUUUUUUUUAUAGAUAUUUGUGAUUCUUGUCAUAGACGUUCAGUAUAUUUCUGCAUUCAGUGUAAUGAAAUGUUUUGUGAAAGUUGUUUUCCAGAGGUAGUUAUUUUUGAACUUAAUUUAUAUACAAAAUUAAAAUAUUUGUUUAAAUCUUAAAAUGUAUAUAAUUAUUAUUUAUUUAGCAUAUUGCAAAUCAAAAUUUUUCUUAUCAUGAAGUACAAAUAUUAAGUACCACAAAUAAUGAAUUUAUAGAGGAAAAAACCUGCGACCAACAUUUAAGACCGAUUGAUAUUAUUUGUGUUACAUGUCAAUUAGACCUGUGUUCAAUUUGUGCUAUUGAGGACCACCGACCACAUGAUAUUCAACCAUUGGAGAAAUAUGUAAGAAUUUUACAAUUUUUUUCAUAACACUUCAUUAAAAAAAAAAUUAUACUUAGUGAAGUUGUUUUGUUUAAAGGUGUUUUCAUUUUUUUAUUAAACAAUUGUUUUUAAAACUUCAACAAUUUUUUUUAAACUUCAAAAAAUUAACAAGAACACUAAAUUCUGUAAAUAGUAUCUUAUUUAUAGAUUGAUUUAAAUAGAACUAUUGAAUAUUUUUGUUAACUCUAUAAAACUCUAAAAAAAUUCUUAAACAACUCCUGAACUUUCUAUAUAAUGCUCCACUCCCAGUCACCUGCUGCAUAUCUCUUAUUACCUCUCUUCACCCUAACCCUCUUAUGACUAUUAAUAAUGUUAAAUUUACUUGUAAAGCUCUUGCAUAAUAUCUUAUCUUAUGUUGUUGUUCAGUUAUGUAUAGUUUCUCUAGAACUAUUUACAUAAUUAAUAUUGAUAAAAAGUAGUCAAUAAUCUCUCAGUUAUGAUAAAAAAUCAAUAAAAAAAAGUUUCAUCAAAAUUGGUUAAGUCGAUCUUGAGACUUAACAUACAAACAAAAGUGUUUUUUUUUUAUGUAAUAGUAGGAUUUUAAUGGAUUGAGUAUAAAAUAUAAUUUUAUUAUUAAAAUAAAAAUAACCCUUUGUGUUCGUUUGUUUGCAAACAAUUUAGAACCAAUAUUUAAAUCGUAGCAUCCAUAGAUCUGAAGUUUAGAUUGUUGCAGAUAUAGAGGUUUUGUCUAAAAGUAUGAAUUUUAAAUUUCUAUUUGGAUGUUAAAUACACUAAAUUAAAAAAACCAUACACUUUUGUAUUUUGGACUCUUACUGUGAAAAUUUUAAUAUAUUUUUUUUUAAUAUUAUAAAUUAUUUUUUACUUAGGCUGAAGUUAAUAAUGUAUUAAUUCAAAAUAGCUCAAUGAUUUUAGUUCUGCUUCAAUGAAAAAAAUUUAGCACUUAUUGAUAUUAUUAUAUUAUUUUUUUUUAAGUUAAAUCACCUAAUUUUAUUUAUCUAUAUAUUAUCAUAUCAUACAGUAUAUUAUGUAUCUAUAAGAAAUAUAAAAGUUAUUUCAAAAUCCAAGUUUAUAAAAACUAAAAGAUUCAACAUGAUAUUAGUAUUAUAAUAUUUAAAAAUAAAUAUUUUUAACAAACUUUAAAUAAUGAAUACUUUUAUAAAAAAUAUAUUUUAAAUUAUUUUUAGAAUUUGAAUUCAAUAAACAUCUUAAAUGAAUAUUCAAAAAAAGGAGAAAAUUUACUCAAAAAAUUGAAACUUCGUAGAGAUGUAAGUAUAAAUAUUUUAUUAGUUAAUUAUUUGAAUAACUUUUUUACAUAUAAAUUAAUAUAAAAUCUGUUAAAUUUAGAAAUAAGAAAUUACGUCAUGGAUUAUGAUAUUUUAUUUUAGAUAAAUUAUUAAGUUUAAAUUAAUUUUAGGCAAUGUCAUUGGCAAUUAUUUAUCAUUAUUAAUUUAAUUUAUUAGAAAAACCUAAUUGUAAAUAGCUAAAAAUAAUAUUACUAUAAAAACAAUAAUAAUGACUUGAUUAGUAGAAAUUAAAUAAAGGAUAUUUACUAUUCAACGUCUUAUAACUUUUUCCAAUAAAAUUGAUAGGUUGAGUUUUAAAAACAUAGAUAAUUUAUCAUGGUUUAAUUAAUUAUUAUAACAGUUUUAAUAGUUUUUAUUGAUAGUUAUGUUUGGAGAAUUAAUUUUCAAAUAAAUAGGUAUUUGUAUAUUCUCUUUUAAUUAAUUGUUUAUUGAAAACUAGUCAAUCAAACAAUAAGUACAUACAUAACUAGUUAACAAAACACAAUUUACCAUACUACAACAUAUUCUCGAGAAAUAUAGGAUAUAUUCUAUAGGAAAUUGAGACUCAAAGACGUAAUUUUUUGUUUUAUUAAAAAAAACAUCAAAUUUUACAAAUUUAAUAUGCUCCGGAUAUCUCGUUGCUUAUUUAAAUUUGAAAAAAUAUAAUUGUUUUUCCUUUGGUUUUAAAUAAGAUGAAUACAAAAGUGAGCACUGAAAAAUAGACUGAUAUAUUAUUUUGACAAUAAAUAAUAGGAUUUUAAACUCAAUACUUAAUCAUAUUUACAUCUUAAAUAAUUCUAAAUAAUGUCUAUUAUUGCACAUAUGUUUAACUUAACCUAUGAAUAAAAUGUGUUAUAUAAAAUUUAUUAAAUGCUUAAUUAUGUGUAUCACUUACUAUAUAAAUGUGAAAUUUAUUUUGGCACAAUAGAGUAAAAUUUUUAGUCCUAAUAUAUUACUAUUUUUUUAUAAAUUAAAUCAAUUAAUUAAAUUUUAAUGAGAACAGAAAUUGUUGAACUCUUAACUCUAAUUUUUUAUUUUAUUAAAAAUAAUUGUAUAAAAAAGUUUAAAUUUGACUUUUUUGAAGAUUUAUUAUGUAGUUUGAGUUUAAAAUAUUGAAAAAGUUUAUCAAUACAGGAAGUUCUUAUUUCCAACAAAAAAUAACUCAAAAUCUGAGUAUUUUAUGGCUGUACAAUUUAUUCUCAUAAAGCAAGUUUUAAACGAGCUGUCAUGGAGCCUCUUAAAACAAAAAUGAAAUAAUCAUAAAUAUUUAAAAGACUUAAAAUAUAAAUAGGUUGCUGUCUAAACUAAUUUUUUUUUUUUUUAAUUACUGCAAAUUCAUUUUUGAAUAAUAAUAAUUAUGUGUGUAGUUUUGUCACAUAGCUAAUACUUGAACUAAAAAUGUAUAACUAUUAUUACCAUUUUAAUUUGAGCUCUUUUAAAACAUAGUUUUACUGAUAGUUUAAAUUAUAUAAUAAUGAUAUAAAUAAAUAAUACUGUAAACUUAUUUAAAUGGCACAUUAAUAGGCCUGAUAAUAAUUUUUUGAAAAUAAUACAUUUAGUCAAUCUAGUAGUUUUAAUGUGUUGUCAUUAAAUUAUUGUUCACAACUUUUUUAUGUCUACUUUAUUGUUUGGGUAAUAUUUUGAAUGCAUAUUAUUAUACAAAUUACAGAGGUUACUUAUACAAUUUAUGUGUCUACAUCAAGUAAUUGUUGGUAAGGUGUUCUAACUUUAUCUGGUUCUACAGUCGUCAUAUUCAUCAAUUGUGGUAUUGGUUUUCUUUGUUGGCUUCUUGUUUUUUCUGUUUCCCUAAAUUUGUCUUCUAAAUAUCUAUCAACUAAUGGCCCUUCAUAGUCUUCUGGAAAACUAGGUUUAGAAGGUAUUAUAUAUUUAUACAAACGUUCAUUAAGUACAUAAAGUUGAGCUGUAGUGUCACAUUUUACAUUAAACCACCAAUCACAGGUUAGUGAAACUUGAUUAAAUAUGGUUCCAUUUGGACAUAAAAAUGAUGCUUGUCCGCCAUUUAAGUCACAAUAAUGCCACACCUAUAAAAUAAAACCAUUGGUUAUAUUUUAAUUAUUAAAUUUUUUUUUUUUUUUACUAGAACAAGGUUUUAUUUCUGUUAAAACAACACAAUAUAAUCUGAUUUGACUUUAUUCAGAUGACACUCAUUGAUGAAUUGUAUAUAGUUAAGUAAUUCAAAAUUUAAAUACACUAUUAGUUGCGGGUAUAAAUAAUAAAGAAAUUAGUUACAGUAAGGAAGGGUGGUGAUCAUAUACCAAAGAAACAAAACAGUAUCCUUUAAAAACAAUUAUAUUUUGAAUAUCACUAAAAAUAAGAUCAAUAAUACUAUUUUCUUGUUUUUUUUUAUAAAGUUUAAUUGCCUUUAGUUAGAUGUAUUUCGCUUUUUGGGUGAGCCAUUUUUGUUUGUGGGAAGGUAGGAUAUAAAGGGAGAAUUUAAUUUAUAUUUGUACGCAACAAAAAACCUUUGCUAACGAAAAAUGAUUUGGAGCGAAGGUUUUUUUAUACAUGUACAUACAUUUUCUUGUUUUUCUAAUUAUUUUGAAAAUCACUUAGAACAUCAAAAGAUGGCCUCCUUAGAGUAUCAGCUAGGUAAAAUUUUCUUUCAAAAAAUAUGCUACACUUACUACAUUGAAGCAAGAUUUCUCGUAAAAUAAUUGUUCAAAAAAUAAUAAAUACCAUUAUAAAACCAAUGCAUUCACUACACUCCAAAUCUAAAAAUUAAUUUAUGAGAACCAUAAUAUUCGCUGUAGGAUGUAUAUAAUAUGGAUUAUAAUUGAGAAAUCCUUAACCAAUUAAAAUUACCCAAGUUAAAAUCUCCAACAAUAAGAAGUUUUGGAAUCAUGGUUAUCGGAAAUAAUAUUUUCAAGUAGUUCAAAGUUUUAUAAUAAAUGUCCUUACUAAUAUUAAGAUAAAUAUAUACACAGCUCACUACUCUCACCCGCCUAUACUAACAAUGUAAUAUCUUGUAAACAGCUUGACAGAGAAGGAAAUCAAAAAUUUCCAUUUUGCUGGAAUAAAGAUAAAAAUAUAGAAGUACCUUUUUGGAAAGUCUGCUGAUUAUUUUAAUGUGUACUUAGGAAUUUGAAAUUUAAUAUUAUAUUAAAAACUCAUUGAAUUAAUUAUUUUAAUAUUAAAAAAAAAAUCAACAGACUUUUUGCCAUGUAAAUUUACUAUUUAGACCAGUGCCGCAGCGGUAAAAUAAUUACUGAUUAAAAAAAAAUUACAAAAAAUGUUUACACAAGUCAUAUUUAUUAAAUAAUUACUAUUUCAUGGAAAAUUUGCGUUAACAUGUAAUUCAUAAGACCAGCAAGGUGUUCUAAACUUAACUUUAGAAAUUUAAAAUAAGAAAAUAUAUUAUUUUUGUGUACUAUUUUAUAUUUUUAAAUGUAUAGCUUUCAACCCAGAAUUUGUUUUCCCAAAUGCGUCCAUGUUGCAUGUUAUCUUUUAUAUAGUAUAUCUACUACCAAUGGUUCUCAAUAUUAAUACUAUCUAACUAUUUUUCUUAAUGUGUUAUCUCUAUAUAAAUACACCUACAUAUAGUGUUGACUAAGAAAAACAUAUAAUUAUCCAAGUUUUCGUCCCACCCUGAAAUUCAAAUAACAUAGCUCUCGAGUAUAUUACUUAAAAAAUAUUAAAUAAUACAAUACGUAUUAAUUAAUGAAAGAAACUAAUAAUAUAAAUUCAAGGUUAUCAACAAUGUAAUCACUGUUAUUUUUCGUAAUUGUAUCGUUUGUUUACUUAUUGCCAACUAGUUAUAAUUUUUGUUAAUCGUAUAUGAGAAAGUCACGCGACUAUUGUCGUUGACUAUCACGAGAACGAAUCGAGUUUCUCGAAUAUCUACGAAUUCGUGAAACAUUAGAAGUUACAAAAUCUCCACAUUAAAACAAUGUAAUAUUCCAUAAGAAAAUAUGCACGCGUUAUAGUACGUACCUACCCAACAUGUAAUGUUAACAAUGUUAAAUUAUUUUCAUCUUGCUUAUUUCGGCGGUCGAGUUGUUUGUUUCCGAUUGGUUUAAUUUGUUUAAACUUCAACCCUUAGUUAUUAUUACGUUACUGAAAUUCAUUAUAUAUCAUAUUAUAUUGUACAACAAAUUGAUUUAUUCACUUGGAAAUUAUUUUAUGCUAAUACGCUAAAAAUAAUAUAUAAAUAUGGCUAUUGGUUGGUUUACCAGCUACUUGUUAUGAUUUAUGGUUUUAUUUUACCAAAUCAGAGCUGCAUCUGUGCAUACGUUUCAAGGGGGGGGGUAUAAUUUUUUUUAAAUAACCUUAAAUGCACUCAUAAUUUUUUACUGCUAAUUAUAAACUCGUUCUAAUUUUUUUCGGGGAUGAGGGGAGGUAAGACUACUAGACCUCCCUAGUUAUAGCUUUUAUUUCCAAAUUAACAUUUUUUUUAACGUUGUAUCCUCCCCCACAAUAAGUAAAUAUAAUAUUAUGGUAACCCUAUAUCGAAUGAAUAAUAAAAAAAAAAAAUGUAUGGUAUUAGAAUAAAAUAAUAAAUGUUUAAUACUUGACAAUGUGUUUCCGGAUCUCCAAAAAAGCCCUUGUAUCUUUGUGUUUGGCAGUCGAAACUAGUUUUAGGUAUUACUGAGAGUAUUGGAUAAUCCACUCCUGGCCUUCCUGGAUUUCCUACGUCUCCAGUAUCGUAUUCGUCAAUUUGAUCUGGAUUAUACUCCGGCUUAGGUUUUUUCGGUCGUAUUUGUUCAUCUGCCUCCUUUUGUAAUAUUUUCAAUACAGCUGACAACGUUUGUAUACUCGAACCAAUAUUCUCUGGUGUAAUUUUGUUCGAUAGCCGAUUUCCCAAAUCGUAACCAUUUAAUAAUUCAUUUAGUGCACCGUAUUUAUCCGUCGUUGUGGUUGUAAUUUGUGUAAUUUGAACUUUUGGUUUGGGUCUUCUUAAUUUUUUGGCUUUAGUGGUAAACAACUCAUGUUCCAAGGAUGAAUAUUGAGUCGGUGGCACCGUUGGUAAAAAACCAUGUUCAUAUUUUAUAGGAUUCGGUUGAAUAAUCGGUCUGGGGCUUGUUUGACUAUUGUAUUCAUAAUAAUAAUCAUAUGAUUUUUCUGUUUGAACGAUGUAUGGUGUUUCAGUCGUUGAUAUUACUAUUGGUCUUUUUUGAGAACUAGGAAACCUGAGAUAUUCAGGUGUCGUGUGUUGUUGUUGUUGUUGUGGAUGGCGGUUAUUUGGUAAUUUAUAGUCGUGUUGAUACUGCUGGGCUGGUUGUUUUAGUUGUGGUUUUCUUUGGUUUUGAUAAUAAAAAUUAUUUGCCAAAGGCCUAGGCGUGUUAGAAUUUGGAUUUUGAUACUGAUAUUGUCCAUCAUUAUUAUCAUUGUUACCUACUACGUAAUAUGUUACGUAAGGAACUAGACGUCGAAAGCGUUCUGCAGUUGUCAAUGUUCCAUUUAAUUGUUGGUGGCUUUUGCUCGAAAAGUUUUGAUUUCUCGUGUCUGUAAUAAAAUAACAAAAACCUCGUUAUAACUUAAAGAGUGUAAACGAUUUUUGAAUAUUUAUAAUUUUGAUAAAAAUGUAUUUUACAUAGGUAUCUAAUAUACAAUUUUGAAUAUUUUUUUUUAAUUCAUUAUUAUUUUAUUAUUUAUAGGUAACUGUUUUAUUUAAAACUGUCUUAUGCAAAAAAAAUUUAAAUUUAUAUUUUUUCUCAUUUUAUUAAGACUAUUUAAUAUCAAGUACCUGUAUCCCAUUUUAUAUUUUAAAUUUUAAUUUACAAAAUAUUGGUCUAUAUAUUUCUACAAUAAGUAGGUACUACAUACCAAAUAGUACUUUAUUAUGUAGUAUAAUGUAUGCUAAUUUGAAUCAUAGAUAAGCUAAACAGAUAGAUGCCCAUAGUGUUUUUAUCAUUCUCUCUUGAUAACAUUUAAAGGGAAUUGAUCUCGGUUUUCCAAAUUUCCUUUUAAUGCUUUUAAAUAGUUUUAAAAAAAACCAUAUUUUAUGGCCACCUUCAUGAUAAGAUUUUUCUACUUAUCUACUGCCCAGAGACCAUAUAAACCGAAAGACUACAGCCGAGACGAAUAUGACGACAACAAGACAAACCUGUAGGAAUUAAUUUUAAGUGGGGUGGUACUUUAAGAAAGUGAUUUUUUUGAUUUUUCCAGCUGUUUUCAUAAUAAAUGGAAAAAAACGUAGACAAAACCGGAAAAUAGGUACAAUAUAAAACAAAUAUUAUUAAAGUAAAUAUAUAAUGCACAUGUCAUUAUUUUACCAUAAUAUGAUACAUAUAUUGUUGACAUAGCAAUAAUGGUUAAUCGUUGGGUACAGAUGUAUAUUAAAUUUCCCUUCUACCUUCCCAACUUCUCACCUAUAAUAGUGGCCUAUCCACGUACGAAAUAUGUCCGUCUUUUGUUUUUACAAUUUCUAGUUAAAUAAUUAAAUUUCUAUUUUCAACAUAUCAUAGUACUCUUUAAAGAACCUAAAUAAAAAUAAUCCAUGUAAAAAAUUAAAAUUCAAACACAAUUCUUUCAUUUUUAUCUGACUUUCAUGUCUAAAAUACACUCUGCCAUCAAUCCCCAUAAAUUUAAGAUCAAUGUAACUUAAUAUUAAAUUUUGAAUAGAAACAUCGGUUUUGGUAACAUUAUUCUAGCAUGAUUAUUUUUAUCUUUUAUAACGCAAUCAAUUUUAUUUUGCAUAUUAUUUUUCGUGUUUUGAGUAUUAAUAAUUUACCUUAUAAUAAUAAUAAUAAUUACCUUAUGUAAUUAAAUGAUCACUUAGCAUUAUUAGUGUAAAUUUUUUACUCAUAUUUCCCAUAUUGACCAAUGCGUAAUGACUACUAUUGUUAUCAUAUUAAUGUAUUCUUUAAGUUCUUUAAAUUCAAAUGUUUUUGCAUUUUACGGGUGAUUUUUUAUUAUGAGCCAGCAAUUAUUUCAGAGGAUUUUAAGUGGAUUUGAUUUCUGUUUUUUUCUAAUCAUUAUGGAAUCGUUUAAGCUUUACUAUAAAACCAUUUUUAAUUUUUCACCCCUCAGAAGAAGAAUCAGAGAUAGGCAAUUUAUUACCCUUGCCUACACCUCCGAUCUAAUAUUAAAACUGUUACAACUCCAAAAUGGUAAAUCUUAUAUUAGCGCUAUGCAUAUCAAAAUUUCUAGAAAAAUAUUCUUUAUUCAAAUCUUUGUUUAUAAGGGGGUCCCUAUUUGAAAAUCACAAGUAUGUAUUUAUUUAAGGUACAUGGAGUAGAGGUAAAAAAUAAAAAUGGUUUAAAAAUAAAGCUUAAAUUAUUCCACAACGAUUAGAAAAAACAGAAAUCAAAUUCACUUAAAAUCCUCCGAAAUAAUUGCUGGUUCAUAAUAAAAAAAAUCAGCCUGUAUAUCAAUAUUCUAAUAAUCUGUGUUUUAAGUAUAAGUUAGUUAAAAUAAUUAAACAACAUAUACAGAAAACAAAUUCAUAGGAAGGUUCAUAAAUCAUAAGUAAAAAAAUUAAACAUUUUCAUCUCUAGAAAUAGUAUAUGGUAAUUAAAAGUAAAGUUUUUCAAAUUUCGAUUAGUCUGAAAAUAACAUUUUCGAUUAUAAUAUUAUAAUUAGUAUACCCUUCUUAAAUAGUAAUUAUUUUUUGUCGAAACAUUCUCAAAUUGUAGGUAUACCUACGAACAAAUGAUAAAAUCUAACAGGUAGCUAAAUCUUUCUAAAUAAUGUGCCUACGUUUAAUAUCGCUAUUAUAGCGGCCAUUUCACAAUUUGGUCCACGAAAGGAAUUUCAUGUAAUUCUGUUCCCCUAUUGUCCACAUAACGUAAAUCGUGAUUAGAAAUUCUUAUUAAUUUUUUUUUUUUCAUACGACAAACAUAAACGAAGAUUUAUAAAAUAUAAUAUAUUAUUAUUUAAAUACACGAAUUACAUAUUAUGUAUUUGUACACCCGUCAAUCUAUUUCUACGCAUAAUAUUAUUAUUAUGUUACCAAAAAUUAACCUUGUGAUACAUCAUGAUACUUUAUAAUAUGAUGUAAAAGGGAAAUCGCAUUGUCUACGUAUAUGUGUACUUCAUGAUGGUAUAUACGAAUAGUUUUAAUUUCAACGAACCAUAUCGAUCUUAUGAAAUUAUUUUGAUUAAAUGACACGGUCAACAAUUAUAAAAAACUAUAGGUACGAAUAUCAUAUGAUGAUUUACAAAUUAUAAUAUUACCUAGGUAUAUUUACACCUUCUUUUUCUUUUCUGUUUUUAGUAUUUUUGUAUAGAUUUUAUUACGUUAUCAAAACAAAGUUGUUUAUUUUUUUAUUAUAUUAUAAAAUACAUUAUUUUAUUAAUCUCAGUGCGUAAUAUUAAAUAAAUAAAUAGCUAUGGAUUAUAACGAUUUCCAGAGAAAGUACCGUCGUCGUUUGUCCAUGUGUGUCUUGAAUUCGUAAUUAAUCACGAUUAUAGUGUAUAUGCCAAAGUGAUGGUUACUGGCCAUUUUUUUUUCGUAUAGGUAAUUCAAUUUUAGUAUUAUGAAAUGAUUUAUCGGUAAUGAAUAAAAAUACACGUCGAACUGGAAAUAUAGCUACCUAGUAAUAUUAUAUAGGUGUCUUCCUAUACAUCUUACAUAACUGUAAAUUACGUUUGUAGAUAGUAUUCUAACGUAUUUUACAUGCAAUAUUAUAUAUUUUUUUUUUUUUUCAUACCUACUGUGAUUUUCUUAUUUUCGCACCGUAUUUAUGUUUACAUAACUUUUUUCAAACAUAAAAUAAUAAAUAUUUGGCAAUUUAUAUUAUUUUGUCUUAUUAUCAACAGUUUCACGUACGUUGGCAUUGAUAGACUUAUUAUAAUUUAUGAGAAUAAUUUUUAACUAUUACAAUACCUAGUUGUAUGUACGGUGUACCUAUACGCAUGCAUAUUAAAGUCUAUAAUACAUUUUUAGAUUCUGAGCAGAGCGAGGAAUACAUUGGUUUUACUAUAUAAUAUGUGCUUUUUUUAUUUUUUUCAUUUUUUCUGAAAGAAUAUUGUAUUUUAGUAGUGACUAAGAAGGUAGGUUUUAGAUUUUUCGUGUAGUUUUCUUAAUAAUUGGGGAAAAACGGGAAAUUUUAUGACAAACAGUUUUAUUAUUAUCGAUUUUGUUUUAUUUCUGCUAAAUGUAUUACCCUUUUCUAGACGUAGUAAAACUUUCAAAGCAUUCUAGCGUUAUUUGAGCUAUUUGUAGGCAUUUUAAAUUUUUGAAUUUAUUUGGUUUUAUGUGGAUACGAUUUGUUUGCCAUCUCACAUAUACUUAAAUAUUUUACACAGGGUUUAUUAUAAGUUAUACUUCAUAGCAUAAAAAAAAGUUAAACGUCAUUUAAUAAACCAAUGUGUUUUAGUUCAAAUUUUCGACGAAAGUCGUAAAAAUCAUGGAAUUUCAAAAUAUAUUUAACCGAACUUCUCUCAGAAUUGUUUUUCGUUAGCAAUGGUUUAUCAUUACAUACAGAUAUAAAUUAAAUACCUUUAUGUACCUUACAUUGCCAACUUCCGGACAAAACCAUUUACAACUAUGAAAAUUGGUAUAUUAUUACAAUACUAGAAAAAAGCAUACUAUACUAUAAUGGUUUGGGGCGGGGGUCAAAUGAGUCUAUAUCCCUCCCCUGGCUCCACCACUGACACCCAUCAACAGUAUUAACUCUUUUUAUUAUAAAUCAUCGUUAAAUUAUUUACAAUUGUUUUUGUAUAAUUAUUAUUACUUAAUCAAAUAUACAUGUUAAUAGCAUUUUUCCAGCCAUUUAUUAGAAGAUAAGAAUUCGAAAAAAUAUAAAUUUAAGUUUUUCAAAUAAAAACCGCAUGGAUAUACAGGGAAGUGUGUAUAUUUAAAAACGAAACAUUUAUUUUUAGAACUCAUUAUUAAAUAAUAUUUUUAUUUUUAUUCCAAUUAUAUUUUAUAAUGAUUACACGCAAUCAAUUUAUUAGUUAAUCUUGGUUUAACGAUAUUGUAUCAUAAACGUAAUAUCAAUUAUGUGUCUGAUAUAAGUUAAUACGCAUGCGUUACCCUUGAAAGUUAUUUGAGUUAAGAUGAUAAUAAAAAGUCAACAAAGUUUUAUUUAAUUAUUGUCGUAAUACCUACGUAUUUCAUAUAUUUCCCUAGUGUGUAUAGCUUAAUUAUUAUUAGAAGGGGCAUAAAUUUAAAAGUAUAGUCGUUUCAUAAUUUCUGUAGACUUACAGGGUGUUCUAUAUUUAUUAUCUAAGGUGAUUUUUUUUGAUGAAACAGCAAUUAUCUCAGAGGAUUUUAAGUGAAUUUGAUUUCUGUUUUUUCCUAUCAUUAUGAAAUUGUUAAAGCUUUAUUUUAAAACAAUUUCUAAUUUUUACCCCUACUUUAUGUUAAGUUGUUGUAUUUUCAAAUAGGACCCCCCCCCCUCCUUUGAACAUAUAUUUGAAUAGAGAAUAUAUUUUAGAAAUUUGUAUAUGUAUUACACUAAUAUCAGAUUUACCGUUUAUGAGUUAUAAUAGUUUGAAGUUUAGAUAGGAGGAGUAGGGAAGGGUCAUAGAUAGGUAAUUUAUUACCUUUCUUCUCCAAGAUAACUGCUGGUUCAUGAAAAAAAAAAAUCACCUUUAUACUCUAUAGGCGUUUUGUAUUCUGAGCGUAGCUAGAAAUUUAUUGAUUCUACUAUGAUAAUGUGUACUUAAUUAUAGCAUUUUGGAUCUAUUUGGUGUGUUGAGGAGGUCAUUUUUUGAUUUGUCUUGUAUAGCUUCCUUAAUAAUGCGGCAAAUAAUAAAAGAGACUUGAAAUUUUUACAAACGUCUUUUUUUUGUAAUUACAUUUUUUUUGUUUUGGAAUAAGUUUUUAAAAAAAUUAUGACAUUUCAAAGCAUGUUUAACUGAACUUCGCUCAGAAUCGUUUAUCGUUAGCAAUGAUUUACCGUUGCGUAUAGAUCUAAAUUAAAUUAUUCUAUAUAUCACACUUAUAACAUUGGCGUAUCUGUUAGCAGUAAAAGCUCUUUCGUUUACUUAAAAUUAUGUUUAAAUAUUUUCACGUAAAAUAUUAAUUUUUAAUGUAUCCAUAUGGCACGAGUAUACGUAUCAUUUAAAUCACUUUCUUAUUUUAAAUGAUAUUUAUUACUCCUUUUAUAUAAUGUCUCGAAUGAUGUAGGUGUUAUGAGUGUUCAUGUCUCUAUAGUAUUAUUUAUGUUUUAUCUGCUAUCUACUACUUAAACAGUUUUACGCUCUAAAAAUCAUUUGACUAUUAACCGGUUUUGUCGUAGGUAUUGUAUUAUUCUUUUAUUUCUAACAUUGUUUAAAAUAAUUAAUUGGUAUCCGAGUGAGAUCAAGUUUUACGAUAAUAUAUAUUUCUAUCACGACUUUAUUCAUAGAUAAUCUGAUUUUGUAUGACAAUAUCAUUCUUUGACCAUAUUAGGAUCUUAAUUAUUUCAUGUGUGUGUUUAAAGUAUAAUAUACUAAAUUAACGAAAAUGUUUAUUAAUUUCAUGUCUAUUUUCAGAUAAUCAUACUUCAUUAAUCUAAGCGUUAAAUUAAUGUUAACAUUUUCCGGAAAAAAUAUUCACUUUCGAAUUUAAAAUAUGAAAUAUAGAUCAUUAUUUGAAAAUUAAAGGAUAUUGUUAAAAUUGUCAUCAUAUUUUGUAAAAGUAAAGCUGAAAUCGAAUUUACUUAAAUUAUUCGUAGUUGUUGAUCCUUGAAUCGUGUAUUUUUAGGUAUUUAUUUAAUACCUAUCUAUUCAUUUUCGUAUUCUUGGCUUAAUUUGUCUCAUACGUUCAGAUAAGUUUUUAUGAUUUACAUCUAUAUUUUAUCGGGGUACUUUUUCAUUAUGUGUACUGGUCACUGUAAAUGUUUAUGGUAAAAAAACUUUUUCAUAUUUAUAUAAUUUUCACGGGUAUUGAUUAAGAUUAACCAAGUCAUUAUUCUUAGCAGGUAGGUACUAAAUGUCUAGAAAACACACUUAUUCGAUAAAACUUAUUUAAAGCACAAUCAUUACUUCGUACAAGUAUUUAAAAAAUUAGUAGAUUAAAUAAAAUAAAUUAUUAAAUUAUUGAAUUAGAGCUUAGAGAUAAUAAAUAUUUUAUACAAAUUUAACAUACCUGUGUUGAUACUGUGUACCAAGUUGCAACACAACAAUAGAACACUGCAAAACGCGAUACUACUAAACGUGUCCAUCGUGCACGUUACACUGUGCACGCUGUUCAAAAACCACUGUCCAAGAGUUAAGGUCCUCCUCCUCAAUCUCUGUUGUAGUGAAUGGGAAAUGGUGAAUACGAAAAUAAUAAACAAUCUCUAGACAUUUGUAUAGUUUUGUUUAUUAUGUAAUGAUAAUUUUCUGGAUCGUUGAAUUGAAAUUGAAUAGUUUUCAAAGUUCAGUUUUAAUUUCAAUAUGGGUGCUCACGCUUGAAUAUUUUAAAUUUGUUGUUUUAAUUUCAGGUUUUUAAUUUUAUUACCUACCUAUUUAAUCUGCUAAACGCCGAUAAAUAACACUUAGUAUAGAAAAAAGUAAUGUAGUAAUAACCUAACCUAACCUUUUUAAUUUUUCAUAUUUGUAUUUACUUUUCCUUUAACAUAUUUUUACUACUAAAAAAUUUGUUUAUUUAACAUACUUUGAAAUCGUGACAAUUGGUGUCUGAUUGUUGAAUAUAAAUAUUUAUAUUAUUUAUUUAAAUUAGCUCGAAUACGUUUUACUUGUAUUUAUGAUUUUUUUGAACGUUGCUUUUUAUUAAAGAUAGUUUAUUUGAUUCAAUCAGUUAAAUUUGUCCUUAUCGUUACAAUAAGUUACAAUAUUAUUGUAGAUGAUUAAAAUUCUAAUAAGUCAUAAAUAUCAGUACUUUCAUUGAAUUGUUCUGUUUUCGAAAAUGUGUAGUAGUUAUUUGCUCAUGUUUAUAUACGAUAUACAUUCAUUAUACUUAGUGCUUACACAUUGGGUGAUUCUUAUUUUGAAAGUAGUAAUUUUUAUCGAGACCCGUAGGUUUUUGUUGUAUAAUUUGUUGUCAAAAUAUAUUUUAAAUAGUUCAAAAUAAAAAGAGAAAAAAUAGAAUUCCUAGGCCAUCACAAUCGAGAAUUUCCGGUUCGUCAUAUAGGAGGUAGAAACUUGGUAACCACUAACCUGUAAUAAUAUACCCGUGCAGACAAUCUAUAAAUAAUAACAAUAAUAAUGUUUUUUUUUUUAUUCGUGUGGCCAAGGGAAACUAGAAUUUAAAAAAAAUUAAUUUUCUUAUUACAAGGACAAAAUUCAAGAAUGAGUUCUCCAAUUAUAGGGUGAAUUUUUUUUAAAAAAGCACUUAUUUAUUUCACUUUUGAGGUCCAAGAUAAGUCUAAAUUUAGUCUUUUUGGACCGGAAGACAUCGUGAUCAGUGGGUGGUGUUGGCUUUUAGAUUACAUCGAAGAAUGAGUUUCAAAUAAUGAUGUUUAUUUGUAUUUUAAACACUAGUUAAUGCCAUUAAAUAUUAUAUCCAAUUUAUCGUAAAUGUUAUAGUUAUAAGACGAAUACGAUAGCAAGAUAUAAUAAUAUUAUCCUAGUUUGAUGUCUAAUCUGUUGAUAGAUCACACAAUUUACUGCAUACAAUUUUUUCAUUAUUAUAAUACGUACUAAUGUUUACUUACUAGUUACUACUUGUGUUUGUAGUAGACGUAAUGUAUUAUAUAUAUUUCCGUCUCCCAUCAAACAAUAUUAUACCGUUUUCCUGGCUAUAAUUCGCCAAAUCACAAAAUAUUAAACUCAUAAAAAUAUUAUAAAUUUAGUAUGAAUUUAAUUUUAAAUUUAUUUUUAGUUACUUAAUAUUUUUAUAUACUCUAGGUACCUACUGAUAAAUUUAAAAUGCAUUUAAGUAUAAUUAUAUAAUGCUCAGUGUUAUAUUAUUUAGUUUACUAUCCGCCUUCAAUGAUCUUGGGUGUGCCCCGACGUUAAAGUAUAUGUUUCAUAAUUUAUAUAUAUAUAUAUAUAUAUAUAUUACACCUAAGUAUUGUAAUAAAUACUUCGUCGUAUACUAUAGAUUAUAUUAUUUGAUACCUAUUUAUAAACCUUUAUUUUUAACAAGGUUAAAUUAUUAUAUAGUACUUGUAUUAUUUAAUUAAGUGUUAACUGACUCUCGACUUUUGUAUGAAGCUAUUAACUUUACAAUAUAUAAUCUUAGUUUGUUUUACAUUUUUAAGAUCAGUAAAUAAUAAAUUGUGUUGAAAUUUCAAAAAGUUGUAAAAAACCACAGCAUAUACCUAUUAUUGUUCACAGAUGUUUUUCCCAACUACAAUUGGCAGGUAGGUUGUAAUAAUUGCACCUCGGAUGGGCAUCGAUUAUGCUGUUUUACUAUAUACUUGGGUGUAUAAUAUGUAAAUUAAAGUGCGGUAGGUUUACUGUAUUAAUGAUGAUAGAGGUUAUUUUUCGAUCUUCUGAAAAUUGAAAAAAUAUUUUUUUUUAAGUACAAUUUUAAAUAAAUUUUAAUUAUAAAAUUUAACUAGGGUGCUUAUAAGUUAACAUUUCACUGGUGACAGUCAAAUUAACCCAAGCACCUUUUCGAAUACACAUGACAGACAAAAUUGCCAAAAUCCGAGUUAUAAUCACAAAAAUUGAUGCUGUUUAGUAUAACUGAUCUGUUCUUAUAGUUAAUUACUCAAAAUUGUGAUUGAAUGAUUUCGAGAUAGUUUUGUUAUUUGGAGAAAAACAUCUGCGUUUUCUAUCGUGUUAAACAUAUUAUUACCUAUAAACUUUUGAUUGCCAUUCUUUUUAAACUUCGUGAAUAUUUUACAGUUUUUACAUACCUACGGUAAAAAAGAAAGAAAAAAACGUAUAGUCGUGUCAUUAGUUCCGGUUUUAUAAAUUAUUAUAAAUGUAUAGGUAGUUGUAUAAACGGAAGAUUUCACUACGAAUAGGUCCAUAACUCUUAGAAACAUAAUAAUUUUACGAUAUGAAAUCGAAAGUAGUUGUUGACACUGUUGACAGUAAAUACUCGUAUAACUGUACCUAUAAUACUAUCUAAUUAUAUAUGUAUGUGGUAUAAAUCUAUAUAAUGUACGUACAAAUAUUUAUGUAGUUAUAUACAAUAUAAUAAUAUUACGAAUUCUUCCUACAUUGAUUGGUGUUGAUGGAUUUUGGACGUACGAUAAUAAGUCAUAUUUUAUAUGACUAUCACUGGGGAAGAAGGGUAAAAGUCCAUUGUCUUUUAACCCAGUAUAGUUUUAAAGUACCAUCUUAUUAUUGUUUCGAAAAAUAUUAUGUUUAUAAAAAUUACUAAAAUUACAAUACAUGUUAUUCAUUUUACAAUACCUAAACAAACGUUUCAUAUUACAAGAAAAUAUGUAUGAGCAUUAUAAGUAAAUUUGUAUUAUAAAAUUGUAUAUAAGUAAAUUUGAAAUCAUACCUAUGUUUUGUGUAGGUAGAUCAAAAUAGUUUGUUACAAAUCGGAUAAGUAAUUUUAGAUUGAGCAUCUACAAGGACGUAGCUAGUAUUUUAUUGAAACUUAAUAUAAAUAACUGACUGACUAUAACUGGAUAUAAACUUUUUCGAUAGUUCAUUGAGUAUUAUAUCGAAUAAAUGCUAUAAGAUUGAAAAACUGCGAGUUAAUUUUGUAUCGUAAAUAACGUCUCUAUAAUUUGUAUUGCCAAACAUUUAAUACAUAGGUAAUCAGCUAUAUAAUAAUAAUACAAGAGAAACUACAAUUGAAUUAUACUUAAAACGGUUUAUUGUCUUUACGAUGGUUCUCGAUUUGAGUCGAUAGAGCCGUUUAAUGUAUAAUACAGGUAUAUUACAUUAUUAUAUUUCAAUCGUCUGUCAGAUAAUCGAAGGGAUCAUUAAACCGUAAAUCCGUCGACGUCUUUGUCCUUCGCCGGAGCAAAGGUUAACCGAUAGGAAAACAAUAGACGACGAUGGCUGUUACACGUCAUGCACGGAUCGCUGUGCGAUGUGCCUUAAUGCAUCGUGUAAAAAAAAAAAAAAAUAAUAAUAAUAGUAAUAAAAAAAAAUGAGUAUUUAUUAUUAUUAUUAUUAAUAUUAUUAUGUGUGAUCGAGUUUUAAUAGAAAUAAGGACAAGGACGACUCGAAUAAUGUAUACGUUGCGUUAAAAUGACAACAAUAUGUGAUGUGGCCGAGGUAAAAUCGUCCGUCCCGAACUAUUUACAAUUAUUAUUAUUAUUAUUGCCUAUCGGAUAUUCUAAAGAAUCCUUUUACCAUUUAAAACCGGUUUCGAUUAAAAACGUAUUAAAUAAUAAUGUAAUACGGGUGGUCGCCUUUGGGGUUUCGGGUGGCGGAAAGUUCAACGCACUUUUUGACGAUUUUCCAAUGGCCCGCCGCGGACCGUAGAUAAUGAUCGCCGUCGAUCCGUCGCAAUAAUAUUGCCGACGACAAUAAAAUAAUAUCGUUUAUUAUUAUUAUUAUACAAUAAUAAAAAUAAUUUUCAUCGCGUAUUAGUGUACCUACAACUGCAACAAAUCUUAUUACGGCGUGAUGAUUUGAUACGUGACCGGCGACGAUUGUGCACAAUAUUCACCGCUUUUAUCGGCAUUAUCAAUCCGAUUGGCCGCUGCGCAGUUAGCGCGCGCUAUACACCCGUAUUAUUAUUAUAGAAAGUUAAGGUAUUUUUGUUUCGCCUUCGUGCAUACGCAUUUUAACGCGCGUCGUCUUGUCGUGAGCUUUUUCAGCUCUAUAUCCUAUCUGUGUUAGAAAUAAAUCAGACAGUUUGUACGACUAUUAUAGGUGUAUACCUGUACGUAAUAAUAUUAUACCUAAAUGUAGCGGAUUACGCGUUUUUCGUUCGUGUGUCGAAUGCGUGUAUAUGUUUUUAUUUAAUGUAUAAAUACAACUAUACAGCUUCGUAAACAUGUUUUUUUUUCUCUACCGCGUUCUUUCGCUAUACUGUUUUUUUUUUCUAUUUAAAAUUUACAAUUUCGCUACUUACCCAAUUAUAUUAUUAUAUACUAUUGCUUAUCCCGAUCGCGUGUCGUGUGAUCAAAAUCGUACCGUGUUAAUUAGUUAAUUUAUUAAAUCAUUAUCGGUACGAUACUAUAUAAAAUAUAGCCGAUAAUAUAUGUGUAUAGCUUUUUUACCCAAUAAAACUGUGUAAACGAUAAAUUAUCCGAGAGUAUACGUCACACGUUAAUAUGAUAUUAUAGCGUGUUAUACGAAAUCGCGGUAAUGCUAUUAUAUGUGUAUUACGCGUCGUUAAUACGUUUUUGUAAGAGAUGAUAUUAUCGCGUAGAUACGAUAUUUUGUAUUGGGAUAAUUUUAAUGUAAAACAUAAAUAGAUAAAAUUUUAAAAAAACUCAUAAUUCUGUUGCAUAAUAUUUAUGUUUAAAUGAUUCGUUUCGUAAACAUGACGUAUUAUAUUUGGGUAUCUCUCGGUACUGAAUACAGUGUAGAGUAGAAUAUCGAGAUGUAGGUAGUAACUUUUCGUAUCAAUUUCGACAUCAUCAUAUCCCAUCGGAGUACGUUAAAACGAUAUGUGUUGAUUCCGUCACGGUUAAAUAGAUUAGAUUGAAUAAAUUUGCGUUUUUUUUUUUUUUUUUUUUAAAUUUUAUUAUGUGUUUAUAAAAUCUGGAUUUUAAAUAAUACAGUAUUACGUAUUUUGUUUUCAUUUUUAAAUAAAAAGUAUCGAUUUCCACAUUUUUAGUAUCGCCUAUCCCUAAUUGUUAUAAUAUAGUUUUGUUUUUAGAAAACUAUCGAUUUGUGUGUAUGUGUAAAAAAAAAGUAUAAAAAUAAUAAUUACUCGAGAUCGCUUUUUUUUUUAUACGCAUUUUGUUAAAAACUGAAAAUGGUUAAAACGCUAAUAUAAUAUGAGAACACCUCGCUGUACAAUAAUUUCAUUUUAUAUAUUCAAUGUAUUAAACUUAUUUUUCUUUCUUUCACAUGUUCGCACGGCUCUGGGAGAAUUAUAUUUUUACACACGUUCUCCCGAUUGUUUUAUAUUAAAACUUUUAAUUAACAGCAAAGACGAAUUGCAUAACGCUAAUAAUUAGUAGUACAAAAAUUAAAUAAUACAAAUUAAUGUUUUAUCGUGUUCAAUUAACCGUAUAUAAUAUAAAAAAUAAAAUAGUUAUGAUCAGUACAAAACUUGAAAUUGUUAUUAAUACCUAAGUAGUUUUUUAGUUUCUUAUAUAUUUUCAAUGAGUAAAAAUUAAAUUAAAGUUGGAUUUUUCUUUCUCGAAGUAUUGGAUAAUUUGUUUUAUAAUAAUAAUUAUUGAUGUAAUAGUUAACACAAAAUAAUUCACAUAUCUCUUAGGGUGGAAUAUCGUUAUUAACAAAUCCCUUCUCAGUCCAUAUCUAUAAACUAUACAUCAUAAUUAAUUGGUUUAAUAGAUACCUAUUUUAUUACAUUUUUUUUUUUCUUAUAAAAAUAUAUUUAUCAUUUUUAAUUUGAUAUAAAAAUAUGAUAUAAAAAUUGAUUAUUAAGGUUCAGAAGGAAAAGUAAAAUGCUGACGGGUAGAGGGAGUCGCCCAUUGAUAAAACUCUUAGAAUUUAUUACAUUUGACCUAUUCAUAAUUGGUAUUAAAAAAAAUCAAAACACCGUUUCAAAAAUAAAUGUUCUAUUAUUAAAUUGGGAAUUUUUGAAAAUGUCCAGUAUUCCUAUAACUUUUUUUAAUGACUGUAAUAGGUAUGCCGAAUCUUGUUUUUUCCGAUUUUUCAAUUAUUUUGUAAAUAUUUUAUCAAACGUUUCGGUACGUAAACAAAUACCAAUAUUGAUUAAAUCGUAUUUCUUAUAUACCUACAGUAACCCGGUGCCGUGACCGAGCUAUAUGAUUUUAGAAAGGUUAGAUUGAAAUAUUAUACCGCACAAACUGUUGUGGUAUGAAUAAGUCUGGUCUGGAAGCUUUUCAAUAUUUCACUUUAACGAGACGGAUAAAUUACAAGUUCUAAAUUACGGUCUGAAAAUGAAAUAUGACGUGCAAUGGUGCUUGUGUUUUAGUGCGGUAGUCAGGGGGUUUUGAAUUUCGCGAAUUCCCCGGCGUAAUUAUUUGUUGGUUAACUAUUAUAUUAUGUAUAAUAUAUCUAAUAAUCGAACAGCAACGUAUAAUUAAUAAAGUUACAAAAUUAACAAAAACAACGCGUAUAAUAUGACGCGUGUAGGUAAUAAUUUUAAGAUUAAAUAUACCUAUAUACGAAUUUUUUCAUGUACCUACUUAUGUAUAAUUUCUCUCGAAAAUCCGGUAUACAAGUAUACUUAUUCGAAAUUAUAUCAUAAAUAAAAAAAAAAAAAAAAAAACUAAUUUUAAACAAACAUACAUCGACCAAGCUAAUUACGCGUACCCAUAUGUAUAGGUUGAUGCUUAAAAUGGAACAUUCUGUGGGUAUACUAUUAUUUAAUAUGGUCGGAAAUAUUAUUUUGUACACGAAAGUACGAAAAAUUGUAUUAUAUAAUAUUUUGUGUUUCAUUGACGCUGAGACGCGUAUAUACAGGAUGGUUUUUUUUUUUUUUUUUAUCAUGAACCAGAGUUGUUUAAGUGAAUUUGAUUUCUGUUUAUUUUCUAAUCAUUUGUGGAAUCGUUGGAAUAAGUUAACUCAUGAACGGUAAAUCUGAAAAAUAUUUUCUAUUCAAAUCUGUGUUCAAAAGGGGGUGUUCCUAUUUGGAUAUCAAGAGUAUGUACUUAUGAGUAUAAGGUAUAUAGAGUAGGGGUAAAAAAUUAAACAUGCGGGUUUAAAAAUAAAGUUUAAACGAUUCCAUAAUAAUUAGAAAAAACAGAAAUCGAAUUCACUUAAAAUUCUCCGAAAUAAUUGCUGGUUCAUGAUAAAAAAAAUCACCCUGUACAAUAAUAUUAUAAUAUUCUUGCAUCUAAAUUAAAUGAAUUUCCGUAUAGAUACUGAGGUACAUCAGUCAAGAUAGUAUUAACUUUCUCGUUAAAAUGUCGGACUUCUUUAAAUAAUACCGCGUGUGUUAAUGAUUUUGUGAGAAUGAACUCCAGGAAUCGUAUUAUACGAAUAGUAGUUAAUGACCCGCUCACUUUCGUUCUCCAUAAUAUAAUUAAUAUUAGAAUAAAAUCUUUUAUGUAUUUUUUUUUUCGUUUUAUAUAAUCACAUUUAAUAUCCUGCAAGCUAUAAGUACGAAUAUAAUAUAUACGUGUCUUCUUGAAAUUCACACAAACUGUAAUAACGAAUAAAAUAAUAACGUGUGCGUCAUGUUACCUGUUACCAUGUUUCUUUUAUCGUUGAAAAUUCAAAUAUUUACUUUAUUUAAAAAUUUAAAAUGCACGAUUUUCGAAAAUUGUAUAAAAUUGUUGUUUACACCCAAUUUAUUUAAUAUUUAAACCGUUAUCAAAUUUUGAUUUUCAAAUAGUGAACUAUAUUAAAUAAAUUCCAUAAAUAAAUUGAAUAUUAGUUUAAAUAUACACUUCGGUGUUGACAUUUUCGAUUUCCGUCAACCCGUCGACGAGAUAUUCCAUUCUUAAAUUCGAGUCUGGGGGAAAAAAGUGGAACAUCAUUAAUUGUGUGACGCGUGGCGUUUGAGUGCUCCACUGGUCCCCCCCUCCUAACAACAAAAUAUGUUCCAACCAAUACACCGUAUAUUUAUAAAAUUUUUGUUCACGUUACUAUUUUUAUAUCAAAGGUAGAUAUAGUGGUGUAACUAUUGGGUGAAAAAAAAAUUAAAAGUUAUAUGCAUUUGUAGUAAAGCGUGUAUCAAGAAUGUUGAAAAAUAAAUAACAAUUUUUUUCAAAAAGUCUAUGCUUUUGAAAUAAUAGAUGUUUAACGAUAAAAGAAACACCCUGUAUAUUAUGUGAUGUGUUUAAUAUUUUUUUAUAUAUUCUUGAAAAUUAUAAUUUAUUUUAUUUUCUACUAUUUUUACUAUUGUUUUGCCAUUGAAUCUGCGUGUAGGAAGAAAAAUCGAACACGCGUACCAUUAAAUAAGAGCGAAGUAAUAUAUAGGUAUCUAAUUAUUUCUUAUUAGAUUUUGUUUGGCGUUUUGUUUAUAUCUAAAAUUCGUGUAAAACUGGUCUUGACAUUGAUUUCUAGUAGUUAUUUUAGAACAAUUAUGCCCCUGAGUCAUCGAAACAGUGAAAGUUAUAUAUUAUUAUAUUUAUUUAUAAUCGCGUUAUAAUUUGUCGGCUAAUUCAUUAUUAAUUUUUCACCGAUUAAAUUGUACGUUAUUCGAAUUAAAGUUUUAAAUUGUAUAUAGGUAUAGAAUUCGAUUUUGAGAACUCAAACCGUCCGAUGAUAUUUAUUUUUAACAAUCUUACGACCGUAACGCGUUUUAUUUUUUUGACGUAUUCGAGAAUAUCUUGAAUUCUGUGUCGAAUAACUAAUAAAUUCGAUUAUAAUGACCUUAAAAAUUGUGCAUGUCGAUAAAUAAUCUUUUUUUUUUCUAUUAGACUGCAUAGGUAAUUUUAUAAAUCUUAAUUUUUGGAAAUAUUUCACUUGGCAAUAGUUUGGAGACAAUACCUCAAUGAUUGUCCGGCCCCGAAAACCACGGUAAUAAUGUCGUCAAUGAACUAAUUUUAUAAUAUUAUAGUAUUCUCAACGUACUCUAAUCGUUAAAAAUAAUUUUUUUUUUAAGUCAGUAGUGUUUGAUUAUGUUGUGGUAAAAAAAAAAAAACAAGUAAAAAUUAAAAUGUUGUCCAUGAGAAUUAUAUAUUAUGAAAUACGCGAUAUUUCAUUUACAGAUGAAAUAAUAAUUUUGUUGGCAAAAUAUUUAAUUAGACUCGACCUAAUCUUACUUUACCUUAUUAUUAUUAACUUUAAUUUUAUUCGAUCAUUUUUAAUAUAACUCUAUACGCAUUGAGUAUUUCAUAUUAUUUUCAAAUUCAUUAUAAUUAAUUACUUUUUUUUUGUACUUAAGAAGUAAAAAAAUAUAUUUUGUCAUUUUGAAGAUUAGUUAAAUGCCUUAUAUUUAAACACAUAGACAUAUAUAUGGAGAUACAUCAUCGGUAUUAAUUAGGAUUUCCAGUAUUAAGUUUAAGAGUCACUAUCAUCGUACUAAACAAAUAAUUAUACAUUUUAACUGUCCCGUGAUUGAAUAAUGUUUAUUAAAAUGUAUCCAAUAUAAUAUUAUUAUCUUAGUAUAUUAUUAUACACGUGAGACUACAACCCAAUAUACACUUGUGGAAUUUUGUCUGUGUAUCAUUUAUAAAAUACGGGCAAUUCACUUCUUAAAAUUAACAUUAUGAUUAUUUGUGCGAAUCGAGUGGAUACGAAUAUUAAUAAAUUAUUAAAAUAUUGAAUUUUUCGAUAUUUCACAGAGUUUAAUGUCAAAUGUUUUUUUUUUCCGACGUAAUGAGGUUAAUCUUUUGUUGGGGGUACCUACCUUCUAGAGAGGAAAGAUUUUAAUCUUUUUAUUGCUCUUCGAGGCUUGACAAACUCGUUCUAAAUACAAUUUUAAGAAUAAUAAUAUUGUUAUUUCAUAAUAUUACAUUCAAUCCAUUAGGCUUUUAUAUAUUAUAACUAUACAAUAGUAUUUAAUUUUAAACAACAUUAUUACUACAACUAGUUUCAAAAACAUUUAUAUUGGUAGGUCCUUACGUACUUCAAAACGUAAAAUUAAACGCGAGUACUUACAUUUAAAAAUUAACGAUACCAUAUAAUAUCCGACGCUAAUAACAAAGAGAAAAAUUAUAUUUACCUAUUUUUGGUCAAAUUAGUUUAUUAUGGGAAAAUUGAAGUGCAUGUUUUUAAAAUAUUAUGAUUGAUAGUUGUUAAUUACAUUCUAAUGGGAUAUACCUAAUAGAUAUUUCUUUGUAUUUCGAAAAUCACACUUAAAGAACUUCUUAUAUUUUACCUUGACAUUUAAAUGUGUACAGUACAUUAAGCAUUAGGAAUUCAUAAAAAUGUUAUACUGUUCAUAGAUAGUAAUUUUAGGGUUUUUUUGAUGAAAAUCUUAAUGUUAUUAGUAUUAUUGUUAAAAAUAUAUAUUUCGAACUAUGAUAUUUAAUGUAUAUGAAAAAUACGUACGAAUACGAAGGCAAACAAAUUAAAAUUUAUAUUAUUUGUAUUGUUACCUGGUGAUAAUCUGACCCUGACUCAUAUAUAUUAUACAAUAUAAUUUAUAAAAUGCGAAUAAAAUUGAUUUAUAUUUAAGUAUAGACUAUAAAUUUAACUACUGAUUUUUUAACGUAGUUUAAUUUACUCGGUGACGACUUGUUUUUUUUAUUUUUGCGGGAGGAGGGGGUGCAUUAACACAAUUCGGGCGGCUAAGUGAUUAAAACGAAUCAUAUAAAGUAUGUUUUUUAAAAUAACUAUUUUUAUUACAACAAUCCAAAAAAGUAUUUUAAAUAGGUAAAAAUGAUUAAGUAGUUAGUUCUUUACUACUACUUUAUGCUUUUGUUAUGCUAAUCUGUCUAUAUGGAUGUGCGCUAAAGCGUCUAAACGACUGCGAAUUUUUUAGCUGGUAGGACUACUCAUCAAUAUUAUAGAAGUUGUAUGUAUGUGAUUAUAUGGCUGUCGAUUGUGUAGCGAACGUGUGUUUAGCUCUCUAAAUUAAAAACUAAAAUUGUAAGUCCAAAUAAAAUAGCAUAAUUUUAAAGCUGUCAACGUAAAUUAUGGUUUAUACACUGAAUAUUAUAUGCUGUUAUUCUUUGAAUAAUUUUUUUAUUAUCUAUAAAUGGUACACAUUUUUAGUCUUCAUACAGAGAACUUAAAAAAUCCCCUGUAAAUAUAAAACUGAAUUUAAAGACCAAUUGAUUUAAAAAAAUUAAGUAUCCGAAUAAAUUCCGAAAAGAAAUAUCAGAAAAUCGCAUGAAUCAGAUGGGGGUAACACUAUAGUUAAAAUCCUCUGUUAUAUAUAUAUAUAUAUAUAUUCAAUAAUUUUAUUUUGUAGUUCCUUUCUUUACCAUUUAACCAUAAAAUAGAUUUUUAUCUUUGUGUUAUAUUAAUGUAAACAAUAUAUUUUUCUGUAAAUGGUUUGUUAGAAAUGUGUAAACAUUUUUUAUUCAAUUAGUUUUAAACAACUCAAUCUACUCUUAUAUGGAUCUGAGUCUAAACAUGGAUUUUUUUUAUACAUUUACUGAAAAUUCUGUAUGACACAUUGUAUUUGUUUUUUUAUUUGUAAUGAAGAAUCAUACAAUACAAUUUAUUUAGGUAUCAUGUAUAGAUAAUUUAAACCUAGGUAUAAAAUAGACCAUAGAUACAAACACCUUCAAUUUAUAAUUUAGGAACAUUAAAUGCCGAUAGUUUUUGCAACACCAGUUCUUUGAUUAUUUAAAACUGACAUUAUGUUUUUUUUUAAAUUAUAAAAUAUUGGAAUAAUUAAUUUGAACACAAUUACAAAAGGUCCAGUCUAUAAUUAAGCAAACUAUUUCAUCCAUUUUUUAAAUGGAUUAUGUCAGUUUAUUUUUACAAAUCUCAAAUUUUCCAAGCAGUAUCUCAAAAAAAGCAUACAAAUAAUAUUAUAUUAAGAAUAACUGUCAUUAAAUAAAUUAUUGAAUAUUUACUUUUUUAAUAUAAAUUGUAUUUUAAUGAUUUGAUAAUGAUUUAUUAAUAUCAAAAUAUUUUUUUAAAAAUACAAACUUUCUUUCCUCCAGUUAAUUUCAAAUUAUCAACUCUAUAUCUAAAGAAUAGUUUACUAUUUUUUUUUUCAUUGGUCUUUGUCUAUUAUGUUUUUAUAAUAUAUUGUAUGUUCCAAAAUAAUAUUUUGGAAAUAGUAUUCUGUACAUGAUAUUAAAUAUAUUUUUAAAUAUUUACUAUUUUCAUAUAUAUUUACCUUAUUAUUAAUGACAUAUUCAUAAUAUUAUUUUUUAAACACAAACUUUACUUUCUUCUCUUUAAUUAACUUACAUUAUUAUUUAAUAUUCAUAAUGUUACCUUAUUAUAGAAAUAAUAGGUGAUUAAAUUGUUAAUAAAUUUGUUUUUAAAGCUUAGGUUUUACAAUAAAUGUAAAUUAGGUACCUACUACAAACAAUUGCAAAAUAAUAUGUUUUAAUUAGUUUCAAUCUACCUACAUAAUGUAAUAUAUAAAUGACACUUUAAAUACAUUCGUAUAAUGUGUUUAAAUGCAGUUUUAAAUAAAGUAAUUAUAAAUGUUUAGUAACAUCAUAUAAUUCAUGUACAUUUAUUUAUUAUAUAAUAAUUUAUAACCUUGAAUAUUAACUCAUUUAUGUGUAAUAAUUUAAGGACAUUUUAUCACUUAGUACUUUAAUACUACUAGAUGAUGUUACAUAUUAUAAUAUUAUUAGUGUUCUAGGUUCUAGAGCUAUACAUGAAAAUAUAUACAUUAACAUUUACAUUUUGUUAUGAAUAGAAAUAAUUUUAGUCCAAGACCAUCUUACAAUAUUAUUAAAUAUUAAAUUAUAAUGAUACCUAAGUCAUACAUGUAUAAGCUUUAAAAUGUUAUGGACUUAUUGUAGUUAUUAAAUAAAGUUCUUUUGUAAGAUAACAACAAUUAUAAUAAAUACUUUUAAGAGGUUUUUUUUUUUUUAUUAAUUCACACAUUUUAAAGUUCUAAUGACACAUUCGAAAUUAUGAAAUAAAUAUAAUAUAAAUAAAAUUAUGUAUUUUUCAAUAUUUUGCAUAUAAUCACAGAAAUAUGAUCUAUAUAAUAUUAAACUCUGUCUUAUUAUAAUAUUCGGUGGAUUUUUGUAUAAAUUAUUAUAAUUUAAUAUUUUUUUUUAAAUAAUAUAAUAUAAAAUAUUGUUAAUAAUAAUAUUAAUAAUAAAACCAGUUAUAGAAAAGAAAAAACACUGUGUUUCUACACAUUGGGAUUUCUAUUAGGUAAUACAAUUUAUUUAUUUAGAGAAAAUAGUCGUUGACCUUUGGCAGUUCACAUUGUUCAAUCGUAUAAUAUAAUAUUAUGUGAUGUGCAUACGUCAUCAGUAAUAGAGUUAUCGUGUUUUUCUAUUUUCUUGAAAACUAAAGUGUCCAAUUUUGAUAUUAUGAAUUAUUUGCGCGCAGUUUUUUUUUAAUAUGUAAAAAAAAAAAAAUAGUUACAAGUGUGUGUAAUAAGUGUGAGUGACCUUAUACGACGAUAUAUUCACGGAUUUCGUUCGCGACAGUUAUGAUAAUCGGAUAUUCCGUAUUUAAAGUUCAACGAAUGAUGCAAAACGUUUGAUUUGCAUAAAAAUCCGUCGUCGACGGGCGGAGUCCGAACGCGGUAAUUCUGCGAACGCACGAAAGUGAUUUUUUAAAUUUUUUUCCCCGACCGAAAUGAUACUUAAAAAUAAUACUUGUCAUAAAUCAUAACGAAUUCGGGGUGUGCGAUGAUUGGAGAAGGGGAAUUACGUUCCGAACGUACUUAUACUAUAAUAAAUAAUAAUAAUAAUAAUUAAAAAAAAAAAAACGGUCAAGUGUUCGCUUCGGGCGUAUAAUAUAUAAUAAUAUUAUUAUUAUACCCGCGGCGGCGGUGACACUCGUGUAGUCGUUGCGCGGACAGGGUGCGAUCACGACGAGAAACUCGACACGCCGGUAUAUAUGUAUAUUCACUGUAAUAUCGUGAUUAUAUAGUAGUGCCGUGACGUAGGUAAUAUUUUUUAACCACCCGGGAAUAUCAUUAUCGUUUAAUGUCGUCGUCGUGCGCCGAUAUUUCAAACGAACGAUAGUAGUAGUAAUAAUAAUAAUAAUAAUAAUGGUAUUAUUAUUAUUAUUAUUACCACUAUAAAAUAUUGCGGAUGGAGAGGCGUGCGGCGGAACGGUUCAGAGGAAUAUCUGGUCGAGCAGCUCUUUGGUCAACACCCUGUGCGGCCGGUCCGGUCGCGGGGUCGUCCGGUACAGCCUCUCGUUGAUCCGGUACAGCUCCUUGCUCAGGUCGCACCGCACGUUGAACCACCAGUCGCACACGAACACGGCCUGGCUGAACUGCGUGCCGUUCGGGCACAGGAACGACGCCUGCCGGCCGUCGAUGUCGCAAUAGUGCCACGCCUGGCACCGGGUGUCCACGUCGGCAAAGAACCCCGGGUACGGUUGGUCGUCGCAGUAGAAGUCCGUGUACGGCACCACGGCCAACACCGGGUAGUCCGUUCCCGGUUUGCCUGCGGAAUGACGAACAAAAAAUUAUAAUUGUAAUUACAACUGAAGACCGGAUUUAUAAUAUUCUCUUGUAAAACACAAAAACAGCGCUUUAAAGAGUCGGAAAAAUCCCUGAUAAAAGCUAUUAGAAAUAUCUAAUAUAGAUGAGUUCAAAAGUCCCCCUCCCCCGUUAAUGACGGCUUUAACUUGUUGAAUUUAACACUACAAAAAUGAUUCACACAAAAUAAUUACCUUUUAUAUUAAUCAGUUUCGCGGUGUUAGAAAAUGUUAUUUUACAAGUUAAAUCUGUUAAAAAAAGGACUUUUAAAUGCAUAUAAAUCCGGUUUCUAAUAAUAACGAAUCAUUAUUGCCACGUUCUACAAAAAUACCGGCAGGGAAACGGGCGCUAACCGUCCGAACUAGAUUUGGAGACUAUUUAGAUAAAUAUAAAUAUAAAAUACGAAAUAAAAUUAUUUUUAUUUUCAUGAGUACUCGUAGUACAAUAUUAUAGAUUUAAGAAAAAAGUAUCAUGAUAAUAUUAUACGUUUUAACUUAUUAAAAACGUGCAAUUUUGUCCUGUACUCUAUAUCUAAUAAGCGUACGGUUAAACGCGAAUCGUUUUUACACGUCGAUUUCGAAGGGAUAGAUAGUUAUUUAUGUCGUCUAUUUCGAAUUGAAUGCGAUUUCACACGGCCGUAUAAUAGUCGUCUGUCGUCGUCGAUCGUGUUCUAAGGUCUCCGUUUAUCUCGACGAAUCGUUCCGAAUACAUAUUACAUUUUACUUUAGGUACCUACUAUACCUAUCAUCACGAGUGGUAUCUCUGACCGACCUCGAAAUAUCUGUACUUAGAUAUUAUUAUAUCUUCAAUAAUAAUAUUGUCCUUCUGCUUUUGCUGCGGCGUCGGUUUCGCGUACAUACACACAAAAUAUUAUCAAAUCGGUCUAUUAUUCUUGCGCCGUGUGUUUUGUUUGUGUCCUUUCUAAAACCCGGUACAGUAAUAAUGUGUAAUGUUAUGCGAUACCGCGAUACGUCUAUUGUUCUUAAUACUCGUCGUAUACAGCGUGUAAAAUAUUUGUCAUCGCUUUCGAUCAUUCCCAUCGUGCGUACGUUAUAAAACCGCGUAUGCCAUCGCGCCGUUUACUCGAAUAAUAUAUGGCGCGUCCUCAAUUCGAUAUAAAAAAAAAAAAACUCGGACCCGUGUCCAGAAGAGUGUUGUUUCAGAGGCCAGGGCCCCCGUCCCCCGCUAUGGAAACGCCAUUGGUGUAUACCUAUAAAAUACCGUAUAAAAACGAAUGGCGUUUAACGCGGCGAAUUAAAAGGAAAAGUCUCCGUAGAGAAUCGGGGCCAACCUCCGCAGCCUUUGGACCGUUACGAAAUGGGAGAGAGAAAGAUACAUACAUAUCCGUAAUACAUAUCGUAUAUAGUGGACAUUAUAUCAUAUAUUAUUACGGAUACAAAACAAUAUUUAUCGCCGAAUUUGUAGCCAAAUUUUUGUUUUCUUUGCUCAUUAUGUAAGGCAUCAUCGAUUUCUCAGUACAAAGUGUUCGAAUUAUGCAAUCAUAUGCAUUGAAUUCGGUUUGGAAAUUUUGAUUAUGAUCAUUAUUUUUUUUAUUUCUUAUAACGUGAAUUAUAGUAAUUAUAAGAACAUUACUUACAGUUUUUUCGUGUAUUAAAUUCGCAUGCAUAUUACGAACAAAAUAUAAAAUGUCUAAUAAAUUGAAGGUGUCUUCGUAGACCGUUAUACACAGACUUGUUUAAAUAAACAAAUGAUAAAUUUCAAAAAAAAAAAAUGCAUCAUAGGGGUAGAACUUUGGUUCAAUAAAUUCGGGAUAAGUUGCACAUCCUUAACACACCCCCCCCCCUUCCCUUGAUAAUAUAAAUUGUCGCUGUAAAAAACCAUUUGCGGUCUGUUGAAAUACUGUGCGUAUCACUGCGUUCGUAUUAUUAUUCGUCCGAUUUAAUCACAGAACGUAUUUAUUUGAAUAUUCAUCGCGUACCUAUUAUAAUAAUAUUAAACGUAUUGCGUGAAGUUGAUCGAAAUGGGCAUCGCGCGUCUUCGAUCGGUUACGUAAUUUCGAAAACAUUAAUAAAAACCUACUUACUUUUGUAACGUCGAAUCUCACUCCGACAGCGUACCAUGCUUAUAAAUAAUUAUACAUAUAUGUAUAUUUGUUUUGAUUCUAACUAUCCAAUUAAUUAAAAAAAAACAAAAAAAAGGAAGCUAUCGCAAAGUUAAUUUGUUGGUACUCGUACGCACAUUAUAAUAAUUACAUUGAAACUGAACGCUAAAAUCUCGCGACGAUUUAAACAGAACGUGUACCCGUUUCAAAUACUCUCUUUCGGUUGAACAUUUUUUUUACUUCAAACGACAAUCGUUACUAGCUGUUAUCCGUGGUUUUUCGCGUAUACUUUUAUAUAAUGCCUUUUUUUACGGGGUUAUCGAUGUAGAUAGUCGUGUAAAUGUAAUAUAACAACAGUCAGUAACGGUACCUUUAACGCAGGAUAUUUUAAACUAUUCUUGUACUAGCUAACUUGAAAGUUCGAUACGACUUUCCGAUUUCCCCUCGAAAUCACAUUACUUCUUCGUUCAUUUAAAGUCAUUUGUCUACGCGGCAUUUGGUUUCACGCCCGAAUAGGAAAACCGAAAUCGCUUUUUAUUUACUUAUGUAACCCCGUCGUUCCGGUUAAUCAUAAUAUGUGCAGUGUUUUUGCAAACUAGGUAAAUUUGAUAUCCCUUUUCAACAUGUAUUUGUACAAUAGAUACCUAAUUUUGGAUUACUUAAGCAUUUUUAAUUUUUUUCGUUUCAAACAUAUUUGACACUCCAUUUCCAAAGAAAACUACUUAUCUCGUAUUUAUAGUUUUUAACUUUCGGACAUUCUUUAUAUUUUUGUAAUGUGCAUUUCAAAAUUAAAAUGUAGUAAUAGUAAUAGUAAGUGAAACAAAUUUUUGCGCACAUGACAAUUAUAUAUGAUCUACAAAGUUGUCUAACAUUAACACUAACAAAAAUUUACAUUCAAAUUACUAUAUUAAAAUGCAAUUUUUCAAUUGGUAAUUUUAUCCAAUCCCCGCGUUAAAAAAAAAAAAUAAGUUUACUGGUUUGAUGCGUAAGUGAAUUAAGAGGAGGAGAAUGAUAAUGUUCCAACACAUUUUAUUUUUUUUUUUUUUGAAAGGGGUAUAAAUUUGUGCUUCCCCUAGGAAACUGUCCACAGAUGCUCCUAUAUAUACAAUUAAGCGUACACAGUCUUUGAACCACUGAUCAAGGAUAAUUCAAUAAUUAGCUUUCUCUCGGAUGAGAUGUCCCAUUGAAUAAUACGUUAGUAAAACAUAUUAGGUAACAAAUAUAUUUGCGCGCGUGCUGGCUGUCAUAUCAAUUAUUAUUAUUCGGCGGCACAAUGUAUUCCACAUGCGCCGCCGCUGCAAAUACUGACGAUUCGUAUAUUAUGAAGAUUAAUAGUCAUUUUUUUUUUCUACUCGGAACGUUAUUGCAACUAUAUUAAUAACCCGGUAACUGGUUUCGAGAGGGGAACGACGAUUAAAUGUGGUUAGUGUAACAAUACCUGGAAUCGACCUUCCUAGUUCCAAGUAUUCCCUGACGGACGGACUCAGAAAUCCCGGCGGCACUUUGGCCGUUUCGUCGCCCGUUUCGUCUUCGAGGCGGUCUCUUUGGUCCAGACCGCCGUCGGCCCCGGCGUCUUGUGUCUCCAGCGCUCUGGGACUUUUGGUCUUUUUGCCGUCUUCCGAACCACCUGUAUAGACAAAAAACACAAAUAUCGUCUUUCAGUCAAAUCACAAAAAUUAUUAUAAAUCGGUGUUCGGUACUUAAUCCUCAGUGAUAGGAAACGACCGAGCGAUUCAUUUGCAAACGCUAACUUGUAAAUUUUAUAAAAAAAAUAAACAUGCCCAAUUUGUAACGAAACUUACUGCUAAAUAAUAACGAGAGAAUUUGUUUUCGUUUUUCGGAUGUCUCCUAUGUAUCUGUCACCGAUUAUUGAUAGUCAAUAGGGUUGGGAAUUUAACGCCCGAAAAACUCAUUUAAAAGCCCGCAAAUAGCAUUUUUAAUUUAAAUUUUGAUAAUUUUAAGACCGUUAUUACAAUUUCCCGAUAUGUUUUAUCUGGCUUCUAAUUAUUAACGAUAGCGUUUUGCUCGUGUUUAGCAAUAAGCAAAACAGACCCUAAAAAAUAGAUGACUUAGUUCUGUGUGUGGUAAACGUGUUUCAUUAUCGAUUAAUUUUAAACAGCUAAUUCCAUUAUUAGCUAAUGAAAAUGGUUGUACUCUUUUUUUUUUUUUUAUUAAUUAACUGAUGAUUAGCGUUAGAGGUACAUUGUAAUAGGUAGGUAAUGAUUUGUUUUUAAAUUUGACGCUAAAGUCUACCGUUACGUUAAACUGUACGCUAGCUUAACUGAUAGUUAACAUUGUGCGGUACAUUAAAACAAAAUAUAUGAGGCCCUAGAAAAGUAAGUGUGAGCUAAGAGAUAACGCAAUAGUUAAAAAAAAAAAUUAUAGAUUUUGCUUAUUGGGACAUAACAGUAACAAAAUUUUAAAAUUUUGCCGCUAAAUAUGUUCGCUAGAACAAAAAAAAUCUAUACAUUUGUAAAUAAACGGUGCACUUAAGCAUUUAAUGAACAAGAGUAUAGAAAAUAUAUAGUUAGUAACCACUAGUUUCGUCUAUGAGCCAUAAUCAGGUUACAUAUAUUAUAAUAUUAAAUAAAACAACUUACUAAUACUACAUGUUAUGAAACAUUACAUGAAUAAAAUAUAAACUAAAUAAUGUGCUUAGAUUUGUAUAUUGUAGUGUUGCGAAUAUUAUUAUGGAGGUGUGAUUUUAAUAUCAUUUUUGGCUUUACCAUUGUCUAAUAAAAAUUACGUCACUAUUAUCAACGAGUAUAAAAUAAUCUUAUUGGAUUGGUGUCGAUUUAUCGAUUUUGUAAAAUUUGAAAAAAUUAAAUUUAGAAAUUCUAAUGUCCACCUCAAGGAAUUGCGUUUGGCGGAUUUAAAUUUCGAUUCUUUAGGGUUUUUACUAUAAUAAAAACCCUAUAGGCUAAUAAUUCGAAAUUAUUUGUUUAAUUUUAAUUCUCUGUAUCUAUCAUAAGUAUAAGAGGCGACACACAAUCAAUUUUUUUUUUUUUUCUAUUAUUUCCGAUAAAAUAUUGAAAUUUUCAUUUCCGACAAGCCUUAAACAAUCGUAACCCGUUUUAAAAAUUGAAAUCCGUCGAAACGCGAUUCCCACAAUUUCAUCUGGAUUUUAUAUCUAAAUCCCAUUUUCGAUCCCCCCGGUGAUACAUAUUCGUGGUAUAAAUUCGCACAGACUCAACCUAACCUAAUAACAUUAUCAUAGAUUAUAGAUUCGCGGAGCGUUACGCAAUGACCGCUGGCAAAUGCGUGCGUUUUGUCAAUCAAAAAACACACACGGCUUGGCAGCGGAAUCGACUCCGGGUCAAACGUUGAAUAAUGUGUGCACUCGUUUGAAAGUGGCUUCGUAACGUGUUUUUUUUUUUUUAUUAUUAUUUAUAUUUAUUUUAUUUUUUUUUUAUUUCAUAAUAUUCUUAGGCACGCGUUGGCGUGCGCGCCCGAACAGCAGACGUGUGACCUCACGGGUCAUAAUUAUUAUAACCCGCGAAUGAUAUUAUACAGGUAUGGUUUAUUAUAUACAGGGUGAUAUCUAGAGACGUAUUUACAUUUUCGGCGCCUCGGGGCGUUCUGUUCCUUUAGCACCCGUUCAUACAUUUUCACAACACACUGUUAUAAUUUCGAGCUCGUACACUUUACAUUUAAUUCUCUAAAACACACUUUAGGACUUGUUAAGCGAGUGUAACCUGUGGGAUGGCGUUGAUAUCGAGGUGAUCGAGUUAUAUACACGUAAGACACUUAUUAUCUCCAAAAAUAAUCACUUUUUUUUUUAGAAUUUUCCUUUGGGAUAAUAUAAGAACGAGCAACGCUAUAAAAUGUAACGUUAUAUUCUUAUGAUGGUUGGAGAGUAAAACCACCGGGCACCACGUUUUGAUUUUCAAAUAACGACCUAUAUUACAAGUUACGUAAAAAAAUUACCACCGCAUUUCCUCCAAAACCCCUUAUAUUUUUCUUAUUGAACUUUUUGGAUUUUGAAUCUUUUAACGAAAUUUGUUAAUAUUAUAAUAACGAACUAUUGGUGUAUUAAAACUUUAAAGAAUAAAGUAUAGAAAUGAAAAAAAACAUGCUGAUACUGGUGAUUGGUGCGCCACUGUUGUAGGUGGAUAAUGGUGAAGCUAGAGUACAUAAAGUUUUUUAAUUUAUAUCUGGGAGCAAUGAUAAACCAUUGUCAACAAAAAAAAACGAUUUUGAGUAAAGUUCGUUUAUACGUAUGAUACACAACUUUUUUACCACUAAGUACAACUUUUAAUAAACCUCCCGUUAACUUUUCAAACAUUUCUGUUCGGUAAACAAUUAUAUCCACAUAGUACCUACCAAAUAAAAACUCAGUAAAAAAACUCGCAAACAUAAAAUGCCUAUUAAUAGUUCAAAACACACAAAAAUGUAUUAAUAUAUUACCACGUUUAGAAAUGGUAAAUGUAAGUUUACUGUCAAAACGUCAUGUUUUAUUUUUUACUUAACGUAAACUAACGUUUUUACUUAACCUAAUUGUUCUUUCUGCGUGAUUUUCCAGUUUUGCUCAACUACUUUUUUACAUUUGAUUACAAAUACCACAAAAAAACAGGUCCCUGAUAAUUUUUCUAUUGGAGCAAUAUUUCUGGUAAAAAAUAUAAAGUCAAAAAAUUGAAAAUAAUAAAAUCGCAAAUUAGGCCGUAAAUUUUUCAGUUUUCAUUUACGUAUUUUUCAGGUUUUUCCCAAUUAUUUUGAAACCCUUAGAAAAUCAAAAAUGAUAUCUAUAAUCCACCACCUAGAUCCACAAUGUUACGAAAAAAAAAAGAUAUCUUGUCAUUUUUCGAUUGGAGCUAGUUGUUUACAGACAAAAAACGAAACGCACGCGCCACAUUAAAACCAUUAGGUGUCUCGCUCGGCUCCGAAUCUAAAAGUCCGACGCCCGGUCGCCCCAAACUUGUCGUCAUCUAUUGAUAAAUUCAGUGUUUAAUAUUCACAUAACGAUAAAUUAACGGUUGAUAAAUUUAAGUGUCGGCGUAUUGAGUUAGAUUAACGAGCGUUGCUCAAUCAUUGUUUCAUAUUCGGGUUAUUGUCAGAAUAUACUGGUUAACGUGUAAAAUAUGGUUCCGCUGUACCGACAGUAGAAGUAACGCAAAACACUGAUAGUGAAAUUUAACUGUGCAUAAAUUUUUACACGACGAUUUAUAUGGGCCCUGUAAUUGAACUCUUGAAUAAAGUAGGUGCAUUUUUUUAUCGACAGAUAAAGUUUAAAACGCGGUUUACGGUACAGAAUUUAAUUGAUCUUCGGGUAAUCGAGUUUGUCUCUGUGCAAAUACGUAUUUCGGUGCGACCCCGCGCAGCAAUAUUUGAAAAACAGUAUACGGGUGACUACUCCGGACGAUCUAUUGAUCACCCUGUACACAAUCUGUACCUGUUAGGGCGCGCGCGCGCGCGUACGUAAUAAUAAUAUUAUGCGUGUGUGCGUGGCAGAUUAUUAAUGAGACCAUUGUCUUUUUUAUUAUUAUUAUUAUUAUUAUUUUCAUAUAAAUCGUAAUGUUAUUAUAAUAUUAUUUGUUGUAUUAAAAUAACACGAGAUCUUUUUGUGGGAGCAUCCGCGUGUGGGUUCGUCGUCGUCGCGCUCGCUAAUAAUAACGACGACGAUGAUAAAUGACAAUAAUCGAAAUCCGUGUAGAUCGCAAUACAAUAAUAAUAAUAACAAUAACGUUACUACGAUAUUAUGUUCGCGGACGAAGGUCGGCCGAGUGAUGGUUUUCAAUAAAAUAACGAUAAUAAUAAUAUUAUUUAUGGGUAAUGAUUUCUGGAAACUGCGGUUCCGACAAUCAAUCACACCGCAAGACGCGGGCGCGUAAUUAUAAUUUUUUUUGUUUUCCGCAAUAUUGUUAUUAUUGCGUUUAUCAUUCCAACGAAACGCUCGCCAGUGCGUUUAACACGUUUUCGGCUACGACCUUAACGUUACAGCGGGUACACUGAAAUUUAAACUCCUGUUUUUCGCCACUUUCCAUCGGCGACGACGCACUGCCCCGACACCGCCCGCGUGCGUCCGGUGGGCGUUUUAAAUCAUUAUUAUUAUUAUUAUUACGCCGGUCGUAUUAUUAUCACAAUCGUUAUUAAUAACGAAGUCGUGCUCGCCCCGGAGCCAUUACAAUAUAUAUAUACGUAUAAUAUUAUACACGUACGCCGAGUGUUCCAGAUACGUGACCGGGAGGCGUGGUAAAAACCUUUCGAAAAAAAAAAAAAAAGCGCCUAUAUUUACUCUUACGGCGCGACUCCCGCGAGACCUUGUACCCGAAAUUUGCAAAAUUGCGCGCGUUUUAUUUAUUGACAUAAAAGUUUGUCGUUUUUUUUUUUUUUUUUUGCCUUGCCUUGCCUUGCCCACGUUUUCAGUGCCUAUAAUAGGGUGCUCUUCGGCGCGCUGGAGAACAGGUUUCGUUAUCUCCCCGUCGCCUCCCCGCUUUGGCUGGCGAUAUUCCAAAAAUAAUGACUUACUAUUUACGCUGGAAACCUGUUUCUUUGUGCCGCGCGUUAUCCAUUCAGAAAACAAACGAGCAUUAUAAUAAUAAUAAUAAUAAUAAUAAUGAUAAUAAUUUAUUCCAUAACAGCGUACUUUAAAGUUACCAAUACCUACCAGCUACUAGGUACUACAAGUACACGCGGUUCUUGUUACAUGACAAUCCGGCGGGUUCGCCGAUUUUCCCUUUCUAAACGGUCUGCUGUGCCCCGGUGCACACUACAGUAAAUAAUACUCGUCGGUGCGUCUGGGUUUUUUUUUUUUUUUUCCUCUUACAAUAUCAACCCAAUCGAUCCGGGAUGAUAAUAAUAUAUUCGCGUUUGAUUAUUAGAGCCGUUUACAGUUUGUUUUUGUUUUUGUUUUUUUUUUUUUUUAAUUGCCGUUAAAAACGACGCACAUCGAUCGGUCGGAUUAAAGUAAUCCAUAUCCAAGCGUGACAUUUUUCGUGUGUAAAUUUACGUAUUGAUAAUAACAGAGCGGGCAAACCGUAAUUAUGUAUAAUCUAUGUAGAAUUGAAAAUCGGGCGAAUAAUAUUAUACUUUGUAUAAACUUAAAAGCCGGUAAACUUAUACAUUUUAUAUGGGAGGAGAGGGGAUCAGAUCUGCGGAAAAAACAUAAUCUAUAGUCUGUGUACGAAAAAAGGCGUUUUAAGUUUGUUUAUAAUACCAUAAAAAAAAAAAAAAAAAGUAUACGUGAAAAAUGAUUUUAGACGAAACCCGAGCUCCCAAAUUCAAAUUACCUCGAGCUAGUAAUGCCUAUACCCAAUGGUUGUAAACUUGUAAAUAGUAUUGUCACACUGUUAUUUUCAAAUGAAUAAUAUAUAUUAGCAUUAUGUUAGUCUGUGGUAUGGUUCAGCGACAGUAAUUACAGUAUCGUUAAAUCCACAGUCCACCUGUAUUAACACGAUGAAAUAUUAUACGGUAUACUGUCUAUUAAAAAAUUUAAUUCACUAAAAAAGAUACUUACUAAAAUUACCAACAAGUACGUUUUUUAGCUCUAAAAAAAAUACACACAUCCCUCCCCCUCCCCCUUUAUACGUCCCUGCAUAAUAAAGCUAUUUCUAAUGUUCUUAUUUCUUCGAAAUUUAAUCCAACCUAUGCAUAUAACGAACUAGUAUAAAAAUAUCAUCGCUACUUACCAAUGAUCGGUAUGAAGACGGCGAUAGAAAACACCGUGCACAAUAAAAUUAUACUGCGCAUUUCGUUUGAAGAGAACAUUAUUGCGUUGUCGUUUUAAUAAAUAAUGUAAAUAUUCGAAUAAUAAUUACGACGUCAAGACAAAUGGUUAACGAACGAACGACGACGGCGUGUGUAGCGAAUUAUCGAGGUUCAUUCGAAUCGUAAAAUAUAAUAAUUGUAGAAUCGUACGCAUGUCUUUCGAGAACAUACAAGGAAGCCGGUUGACGGCUCACUCGUGCUAGGCCCAUGACCGGUCACGAGACGGCUUCGAGUGUGGCCUCGGCAACUCGAAAGAGCAAUGGGAAAAGAUCCGGAAGGGGAAGUAUAGAUAGUAAUGCAUAUACAGUGGAAGGGUAUUAAUUGAUACCCCGCAAUAAUAUAUUAUUAUGCAUGCCGAAUAUAUAUGUAUAGGUAUAUCAUUAUUAAUGAAAUUAAUUAUAAUUUAAAAGAAAAAAUAAAAAACCAUAAUUUUAGUUCCGUACGUGAAUUAUUAUAUAAAACCCAAAUAUUAGCAUAAUAUUGUAUUAAAUAAAAUAAGACUAUACAAUAUUAAUUUUCGUACAGACUUUUGAAAAAAAAAAACUGAUACUGGGGACGGGUGCGGCCACUGUUGUAAGCGGGUAGUUAAAAAACUGGGAUACUAAAAGUUAUUUAAUUUAUACCUUAAGCAACGAUAAACCAUUGCUAACGAAAAACGAUUCUGAGCGAAUAAAAAAAUGUAAAAUAAAAGGAAUAAAGAAUUAAUAAUAAUAAAAACUUUUUUAUAACAAAAAAUUAACCAAAAUGGUUGCCAAUGAUUAUGUUAAUUUUAAUUUUUUAAUCUUUUUCAAACUAAAGAACCAGUUUUCCUCAUCAUCACGAAUAAAAAUUUCAACAAAUCCUUCUUAUCAACUAGAACCAAAAUGCAACAAAAAAGGUCUAUUGUUAUCUUUUGAUUGAUUGGAUCAACAUUUUUAGGAAAAAAGUAGUUUACAAACAGAAAAAAAAUACAUAUUAUAGUAAAACCAAUAGAUCUCUCACGUCAUUCAAAUCUUGUUAAUUGGAAUAAUUAUGAAAAUUCAUUUGAAAUUCGAAUAUUAUAAAAAUUGAUUUAUGUAUAUAAUAUGUUUGGUUACGAAUAAAAUCGUUUUUACAUUAUAGUUUGUUUAUCCUGAUAUUUUUAUUGUUUUCAAUAUUGUCGAGAAUAAUUGUAACUCGAACGAAUAUUAUUGUGUACUAGUAUUCGUUAGAAGUAUAUUACAUUGGAAAAAUAUAUAUUGCAAGAAAUAAAAUUAAAAUUUCUGAUACCUAAUUGGUUUUUUUUUUUUCUAGGGAUUCAAAUCAGAAAUUCUCAAACACCAAGAUCCGAAGAACGAAUUAGACAUCGAGAAACGUAACCUCACGAUGUUCGUGUAUUCCGCAAUUGGCACUUUACAGUGUUUGGAGCAAAAUAUGUUAAAACUGUUGAACGAAGCCGAAAUAUCCGUUUUUAAUUCGAUAAACAAAGUUACUGACCAAUUGAGUAAUGCCAUUGAUGUGAGUAUUUAUAUUAUUUCGCCCUUACAAUAUUAUCAUUUGAAUCGAUUAGUGAAUGUAUUAUUGUUUUUUUAUUUUUAUAAUUUAUCGUUUCAAGAAUUUACAACAGAAAUUGAAUUCGGUUGAUGUAAUGUUGAGGAACAGGCAUAAUUCGUCUGCUCUGUUGUCUGAAGUUAUUAAUGAUAUUGGACGUGAGGUGAACAUGAUAUUUUACAUAGCAAAAAGGGACGAUUCCAAACAGAUCAAAAUUUUCCUUAACUAUGAUAUUUUUAUGGAAUCCAUUAAAAAGUGCAUUGUUCCGAAAGUCGAUAAGGGUGACAUUUACUUGUUGGAAUACUCACCUGAAUUGCCUCCCAAUUACUCAUUGUACUUAAAAAUUGACAAUGGUAAGUACUUUAACAGUCAACAAUAUUGUUAUUGUUAUUAUUUAUUAUACUUAUGUACAUGUAUGUUAUUCGACAUUUAGCUUUGUCAUCUAGCUCAACAGCUUCAGAAAUAAGACUUUCUUCUUCGCUCUCGUCCAGAUCGUCCCAAUCCAGUAUACCUACUGACCAUUUACUGAAUUAUACAAAGGUUGAACAAACGUUGUCACCGGUCAAUAACUAUGCCUCUUACGUAAAAGAGAUCACCAAAACCGAAAUUGAAUCUAUUAUUGUAAUCCACCUCAAUAGUCCAUCUGAUUUCUAUGUGCAACUGCACGCCAACAUAUCUGUUAUGAAAUUGGUUGAAACUAAACUCAACGAGUUCAUACAGAACAAACACAGUAUUGUGGAUUCUAUUGAAAAAAGUGAGUUGUUAAUUAUUUAUGGGUGUCUUUGGGUCAAUCUUUAAUUACUUCAUGUCUAUUUUUUCAAUAAUACAUUUUUUAACCAUCUAUAUUAACCUAACUAUAUUAAGCAUUUUCUCGAAUAGUGGUCUCUGUCAUUUGUAUCUUGGGAAUCAUAAAUUAUUAUAUUAUUAUAUUAAACCAUUUCAAGACAAGUUUAUUUUUUUUUACUAACAAACUUGAUUUAUUUUCCUGUAGAUAAUAUAAUGUACGCCGUACAAAUGUCUUCUAAUAAGUGGUGCCGAGGGAAUAUAAUCCACAUCCUUGAAGAAGACAAUCAAAAUAUGUAUACGGUUUUUUUUAUUGAUUAUGGUUUUACAGAAACUGUAACAGCAGACAGGUGAUUUUUUUUUUUUUUUGAUAGUUGCAUAACUUUUUUAGAGUUAUAUUAAUAACCAUAUAAAUGUUUUGUUUCAAUCGACAAAACACGUUAUCAAAAUAAAAUAAAAUAAAAUUGAAAAAGUCUUAUGCAUAAAUCUAACAAUUAGAUAUUAUGUAAGAGAAAUAGAAAUAUCAUAUGGACCUAUUAUAGGAGAUAAUAAAUUACUAUCAAUAAUUCAAUUUAUACAUUAUUAAACAAUCAAAUUAGUUGUACCCCAUGUAGCAGAGAGAAAACAAUAGAUAUUAUUUAUUCCUUCUCUCUUUCACAAAAUGUUUGAAACCACAUAAAGUGCUAUAAUAUGUGGCCUAUCCUAGUAGUCUCAAAGUGGAAGAAAUAAAUAUUUAUUGCGGGCCGCACUGAAAUGGUUCACAGACUGCAUAUGACACACGGUCCACUUGUUUGAAACCACUGUCCUAUAAUUGUAUGAACAUUUGUGUAAGAACACUGAUCUGUGUUAAUAAAAAUAAAACAAAAUAUCUGUGUGAUUUCUGUCUAAAUGUACUGUGAUAUCAUUUUUACAUGGCCACUUGGCAGCAUAAGAUAUUUGUAGCUUUUAAAAUUAUUAAGCCAAUUAUUAUAAAAUAUAACUUAUUAAAUAAUAAAACUACUAGGUACUGAACAUUAUUUUUAAAGAUCAAUUUUUAAAAAUAAUAUAAAAGAAGUUUCAAAUUUUUAGGAUUCCAACAGUGCUUAAAAGGAACAAAUUCAAAAUAGUUUAUUGUUUUGAUUUCAUUCAUUUUUCUGGAAUUUUGUCAAUUUUUUGUCAAAAAGUGAACAAUUUGGUUUCAUUCAUUUGUUAAGCUAUACCUAUAGAGUACCUAAUUUAAUUGUAAUUAUAACGUUCUUAUAAUUUUUUACAUCAGAUUUAUUUAUUUAUUAACAAUUUCUAUUCAAGAAUUAAAUAUUUUUUUAUUAGAAUCUUUUUAUUUUUCAUAUUAUGUACUUAUUUGCAAUAUAAUUAUAUUUCUAACUAUACAAAAAUGAAUAGUAAUAUGUCAUAUUAAGUAAAUCCUAAACAUUUUUCAAGAUUUGUUUUAAAAAAUAUGUAUUAAUUAUAUAUAAUGAGCUUAUCCUAAUGUUCCCUGUGAAGGACAUUAGCUGGUUAGAUGUUUAUGAAAUUGGUUUAAUUAAUACCUAAUGUAAAGAGCGAAAAAUUUUCUUUAGUAAGGAUUGAGAAAAAGAUCUAUUUUCUUUCUUCAAUUCUAGAACAUACAAUUAGCAAUUUAAUAAGAUGAAUGUGAAAUAAAUUUGUUUUAAAAGAAACUUACCAAGCACUAGGCCAAAAACAAUUACAACUGGCCCUAUAUAUAAAUUAGUAUAAAAAUAUUAAAAGACUAAUUUUUAAAAUAUUAUUAUAUUCAUUUAUAAUAUCUUAUUCUAUAAAAUGCACAACUAGAUUGUAAAAAUCCUGUAAUUAGAAUACUAAUAAUCAACAAAUAUUCAUGUAGAUACUAAUAAUAAUAAAUCUUAAUAACUAAAUACCUACAUUCUGUCACUAAUACCAUAAAUACAUAAUUAAUAAUCAAAAUUGCAAAAAGUAUAUGUAUUUGUCAAUAUAAUAUUCGAAUAAUAUAAUCUUUAGUAUAUUCAAAAAUAAAAAAACCACAGUAAGGUGCAGGAGCCUAAUAUUAGUCAGUAUUAAAUUUUUAAAGUUCUAUUUAUCACAAAACUAAAUAUUUUAAAAUAGAAAUAUAAAACAUUGUACAAUAAUAAUUAAUUUUUCCUGUCAUUAUGGAAUUGCUUUAAAUCUUAUUUUAAUAUAAUUUUUUUUUUCCCUUAAUCCUUAAAAUCUUAAAAUUUAAGUAUAUACUUUAGAUUUUCAAAUAUGAAUUCCCCCUAAGCACAGAAUAGAAUAGAGAAUAUUAUGUAUUAAUCUUUUUUCUGUGCUAAUCGCCUGUGUUUGGUAUCCUUACUUUAAUGUUCAUGGAUAAUUUAUUGUUUGAUUGUUUGAUAAUUUGUGAUAACAAAUUUUUUAUGUAUACCUUUAUUUUUUUUCUAUAUUAUAAAUAUUUUAUAUAUUUGUUACAAUAUAGAAUAAGAAACGUAUCAGCAUCCAUUACCUUAAUACCUCCGUUGGCAUAUAACUGUGCCUUAUACAAUUUAAAACCGAGCUUAACAACUGGUUGGUCAAAUGAUGCUUACUCAAUAUUCAGUGAAUUGAUGUUAGAAAAGACUGGAUCAUUUUACUUAUAUCCUAUAAAUUUAGACACUGAACGAAUAGAGGUAGAAAUUGUAUGGAAAAUAAAUGAUUAUAAAUUACCCAUACGUCAAGCUAUGUUUUUUAUGGGCUAUGGUGGUCAGUUUUCCCAAUAUGUAAACGAUUCUUUGGUAAGUAUUUAAAACAGUUGAAAACAACUGUAAAAAUACAAAUAAAAAUAAAAAUUAAUACAGUUAAAUUGAAAUUUAUAUUGUUUACAGCAUAAACAACUUGUAAACAUAUUAACUCUGCCUAAAAGAGAAAAAUUGGAAAUAAAAGAAAGAUAUAAUGUUAUCUUGAGUCAUUUAAUUUCACCAAGCGAAUUUUAUUUUCGGAUUGUAAUUAUACUCAGAUAUUGAACAUUUAUUAUCUAAUACUUAUAUUGUUAUUUAGUACAUUUAUGAUUAUACUUUUUUCAUAAUAGGAUGAUGAUCUGAAUAUCCAUUUAUUAAGAGAAACUAUGGAAUUAUUGGAGACAAAAUACAGAUCUACUGAAAUAGAUACACAUAAGAGUUAUUUAUUAUAUACACCUCAAAUUGGUAUUUUAAUUUUAGUUAAAAAUAUCUUAAUUGUCUUAGGGUUUGUAAUAGUAAAUUUAUUUUAAUUUUAUUUGCUCAGGCAUGGCAGUUGCUGCUAAAUAUUCUAUUGAUUCUAAUUGGUAUCGAGCAAAAAUAAUCAGUUUACCUGAACCGCGUAUGGUUACUGUUUUUUACAUUGAUUAUGGUAAUUCAGAAACAUUGCUUUGGGAUCAGUUAAGAGUGCUUGACAAAGAGCUUAUUAAAACACCACCACUGGUAAGUUAAAUUUGAAUGGGGUUUAGUCACUUUAGCCCAAACAUUUUUGUUCUGCUCUUUAUCUAGGUUUAAAAUUAAAAUCAAAAAAAAAUAAAAAUUUUAAAGGUAAAUUUAAUUUUAAUAAUGUGUUCAAAAUUUGUGAAAAAGGAGUUUGAGUUCAAACCUUUGUUUAAGUAUAAUAUUUGUUAAAAACAGUGGUUCUUAAAUUAUAGUACAUACACGUACCACUGGUAGUAUUGAGUUAGUACUACUCUAUAUAGUAAUUAGUCAGACAUACUGAUCAGAGUACAGAUGAUGAACAAUUCAUGUGUUCCUUAUUCAUCUGUGAUGACACCGCAGAUGCCAUCACAGAUGGCACCAUGAAAUAUUAGAGGAACAUUGUUUUAAGCAGUGUUAUCGUGAAACCUAAAUCUUUAAUAAUAGUAAUUGGGGUUUUCAACAUUUUCCCCUAAUUCUAUAGUUUUGUCUGAUUGAAAAAAUAACAUAUUUUUUUUAAUUUUUUUUUUAUAUAAUUAUUUAAAAAUUUAACUCGUAAAACCUUAUAAUAACCUUAUUUAGAGUAUAUUAGGACCAUUCUCACCAUCAUUAAAAAGGCGUUUAUCUAAUUGUUAAACUGAAUUUUUAUAGCUGAUAACUACUGAAGCGUAGUAUUAUCCAUAUUAAACUAAGAGAAAAAAAUAACUUAUACUGGGGAUGGGAGUGGCCACUGUUGUAGGUAAGAAGUUGGGAAGGUAGGAAACAUAAUGUUAUUUUAUUUAUAUCUGUAAGCAUCGAUAAACCAUUGCUUGAUGAAAGACGAUCCCAGCCUAGUUCAGUAAUACAUAAUUUGAAUUGUCGUAAUUUUUUUUUAAGAUUUCAGUUUAAAUUUCAUUUCAAAACGCUUAUUAAAAAAAAAAAAUCUUAUCAUUUUGGAAAUUUUACUACAUCUAGAUAAGUUCAAUAUAAGUAUUAUUACCAAGUUUCAAGUCUGCGUGUUACCGAAUUAACCGAAUAACCGAAUAAAUAACUGAAUUAAAGCAAAAAAAUUCCCAAAAAUUAAAAUUCCUUAAAAGCUCAAAAAUGAUUAAAAAGUUUCGGCAAUGAGAAAGAGAGAAAAUGAAACAAAAAAUGUAUCUUGUGAUUUUUCGAUUAAAUCAUUUUUUUCUGGUAGAAAAUGUCGUCUUUUUGUGAUUUUAUAAAAUAAUGAAAUCGUGAAAUUGGUACGUUUUUUCACACUUAAGUGCUUUUAUUUAAAAAAUGGCAUCAAAAAUAAAAAAAAAACGACCCGUUUAAAAUAUCAUCUAGACAACUUGAGUUUUCAGAAAAGUUGCUACACGUAAAAAUCGGAGCAAGUUUACCAGAAUAAAAAGUGUCCAUAGACUAGAAAAAGAAGGAAAAUAAAUAAACAUCUUAGUAAAACCAAUAGCUCCCUCGAUACGCUCGGAAUCUAAAAAUUGUAAUUUUAACUUUUAAUUUCGAAAUUUUAACAUUUAUUGUCGACAUUAUUGUAAUUUUGACUUUUAUUUUCGACAUUUUAACUUUUCUCCUGGUUAAUCGCUUAUAUUUUGAAUACGGUUUCGAUAAUCAAAAUUUGACCCCUUUUAACUACUAACUAGAAAACGAGAGCUUUCAGAAAAGGUACCAUAGUCUAUAUUUUUGAGUAAGUUUACCAAUAGAAAAAAUGUCCACAGACCAUAAACAAAAAAAAAAUAAACUUCAUUGUAAAACUAAAUAGUUCACCAUCUUUUAAUUGACAAAAUACGUCCAACCAGAAUUGAAUAUCCAAAAUACAAUUUUCUAAAUAUUCUCAUACUGUAUUAAUAGGCGUUGUAAAAAUCAAGCCGUUUCAAUUUUCGUUUAAGUUCGAAGAUAUAUCUAUCCCAUUAUUUGACAAAUGUAUUAUUCAUCGCAACUAAAACUCAUAAGAAAAUAAUUUUCUAUCAAAUUAUUUAAGCGCAUUCUGCUGUUGUCACUUGCCUGUUGGCUGUUGUUGACUACAUAGUUCAUUGGUCAGCUAAUGGUAGAAUUAGAAGAAGCCUUCAACAAUGUGAAGACAGAGCGCGCGACGGACUGACCAAGUAUGCUAGAGUCAAGAGCCAUGAAAAAAUAAAUCUGCUUAUAGAAAUGUCGAAAUUACAAUUUUCUUUUUUUCUUUGUCGGCACUACUACGCUUCCGUAGGUAGCCGACCACGAUUGGUCGGUUAUUUUAUAAACUCCGUCUAAAACUCAACGUUUUCGUUUGUGAGAACGGGCCUAUGGGUUUUUGAUUAUCACUGUAUUUUUAUCACACGCCAACAUGGCAAAAACCUAUGUGAUGGUCACGGGGGGUGACUAUAAUACUUUUAAUGAGAAGUAAACAGAAUAGCAAACUUCAAUAUGUGCAGUUAGAGAACAAAAAUACCAUGUAAUUUAUUGUAGUUUUAAAGUGGGUAUUAAUGAUCAGUGAUAACAAAUAACGAUUUAUAUUGAAUAAUAAAAUAAAAAUAAAAUAUUGGACAUUUAAGUUUGAAGUUUAAUUUUCAUAUUUCAUUUUUAUUUUAUGGUAUAAAGACAAUAUCACUCGAAACCAAAUUUUUAGAAACAACCUAUUCAAUAAUUGGUAAGAAAUAUCGAUUAUUUAUAGUAUUAUUAAUGUAAAUUGUUAGUAAAUAUAAUUAAUUGAAAACUUUUAAACAUAUUUUAGUUUUGUAUAAAAUACUUAUAGUAUGUAUUAUAAAUAUUUAUUGAAAUCUUUAAAAACUAUAAAAUUAAUAAAAACAGUAAAUAUUUAAUAAUAAUAAUAAUAAUAAUUAAUUACAACUUGUAAUAAUAUCGUAUAAGUACCUAUAGUCUAUAUUAUUAAUAUUAUUAGGUAUACCGGUAUGCCUAAUUAGUGCUAGGUUUGAGGAGGGGACGCAGUAGAACAUAGCUACUAUAUUAUUAUUUUUUAAUAAUUAUUUCCCCUUACUAAUUAUUUAUACUGGGACGUUACUUCUCUUUGAGUAAAUAUUUUCAAAAAAUAUUUAUUUCCGCACAUUGGCGGCCUUAUGUGAUAAAAUAAUUGCUAACCAAUACGCAAGAUUAACGAUAGCUGAUUAUUUAAGGUAUACAAUUAUAAUUACUUAGUUAUGUAACCAUAUUAAUUAAUAAUAACUGUUAGUCUAAAAAAAUGUAUUCUAUGGAUUGUGUUAAAUGUAGUGGAUUAUGAAAUUUAUUUGUAAAAUUAAUGAAAAGAGAUGAACGAAAAAAGCUCCCACUGAUUAGAUUGAAGUCGAUCAUUGCAAGAGAAAAUCUGGAAAAAACAACCAAAAAAAUGUUUUACAAUACGUACAGUCAAUUCAGAAAUCAGGAAUUACUCGCAAAACAAAUAUUUUAUUGAAAUAUAAAUGUAUGUAUUUGUUUAAUACAGGCUGUCCCACUUAAAUAUACCCCUUAAAUAUCUCCGGAGAUAAUAAAGAUAACCAAAUUCUGUUUUUUUUUUUUUUUUCAUAUAUAUUACUCACACGGAAGAGGACUAAACAUAUUUAUAUUUGAGUUAAUUUUUUUAUUUUUAUUAUUUUCUGAACAUUUUAAUGUAUCACACAUUUAUAUCCGAUGAAUAGUUUCUAAGUAACAGUCAUUUUAAAUUNUGUUAUCUAGGGAAUAACCUAAUCGUGUUACGCGAUAACAUCGGUUUUCACACGGAUUAAUAUAAUUUAAAAUGACUGUUACUUAGAAACUAUUCAUCGGAUAUAAAUGUGUGAUACAUUAAAAUUUUCAGAAAAUAAUAAAAAUAAAAAAAAUUAACUCAAAUAUAAAUAUGUUUAGUCCUUUAAGAAUUUUCUCAUAAAAUUUGAAAAGCCAUUGGAAAUCUGGGAAAAUCGGUACAACAUUAAACAAAUGUUAUAAAAGAAAAUAUAUAAAGCCUAUUUAAUUAUUUACUAUAAAAUGGCAUUUAUAUAUUGUUAACAAAGCAUCACUAUCAACUGAACUCCGCUCAGAAUCAUUUUUUCGUUAGCAAAUGGUUUAUCGUUGUUUACAGGUAUACAUUAAAUUAUCUAUAACAGUAGCUGCACCCGUCUCCAUUAUCUCAGAACGUUUUUUUUUAUAUUAUUCGCAAGAAUAUGGACCAUAGACUAUAAUGCAUUUCCCGAACAUUUUGGCGCAGGGGCUUCUAAAACAGGUGUCAAACAUAAUGUUGUUCGACCACGUGUUAUUUCGUAGAACUACCUACCGGCUCUGUACUGAUCAAUAUUAAGAACCACUAUUUUUCAGAAAUCGCGUUGCCGAGUUGCGAUAUAAUAGACAACGAAAAUAUGAAUUUGGUCGAAAUGUUCCCUUGUUCUCCCCUUCUUUGUUUCACUCGACCAUACAUCAAGUACAUAGAUUCGUUUAUGCCAUUUCAUAUUCCCUCAAAACAAAAUUUUAUUGCAAUUGUGUGUUCUUAGACAUUUCAGAGGUCUACGACAGAGUAUGGCAUGACGGCUUUUUAUAUAAACUUAAGAAAUUCCUUCUGCCCACUUACUACUUACUCAUUCAAUUUUAUCUGACAGAUCAUCAUUUUCAAGUUUGUUACAGAUCAGCUCUAUCUGACAUAACUUCUGUAAAUGCUGGUGUGCCUCAAAGAGGUAUCUUAUCUCGGAUUCCCUAAAACAUUUUUGCUUCUAACCAACCUACUACCCCAACACUUCAGUGGAUGACUACGCUAAUGACAAAACGUUAAUUUCCAUUAAAAAUGAUCCACUCAUAGUAUCAAAAAAUCUGCAAACUCACCUUAUCGCCAUGGAAAAAUGGUUUUCCAAAUGGCAGUUUAAAGUUACUCAAAAUAGAUCCGUUCACACAACCUUCACUUUCAGACAUUCUCCUUGUCCUAGAAUUUUUUAUAUUCGGUAUUCCUAUUCCUUACUCUCCAAAUAUUAAAUACCUAGACCUUACUCUGGACUAAAGAUUAACGUGAGCCCAUUACAUUAGAACAAAAAAAUUAGCAUUGAAUUAUCGUCUUCACAUGCUCAAACCCUCAUGCAAUAAUAAAUACACUUCCAUUAGAACUAAACUGCUUAUUUACAAAACUCUUUUGAAACCAUUAUGAACCUAAAGACUUCAGCUUUGGAACAAUGCCAAAAAGACAAAUAUCAUAAAAAUCCAAACCUUUCAAAAUAUCACUCUUAGAAAACUAAUGAAUGCUCCACCCUACGUGUCAAAUCAAACAUUACAUAUCAACUCAAAACUUAAAUCAAUAAAUUAUAAAACAAAAAUUUUUUAUAAGAGACUUGGCCACUCCCACAAUACCUGAUAAUCUUCCGAGAAGCCUGAGGCGUAAAUGAUACCUUUUAAAUUAAAUUACAAAAAGUGUCAUCAAUGGGUGACUUUCAACAAAAUUCUCAUGACUAGGUAAUUGUAACUUUUAUCACAUUUUCACAUGCAUUUCUGAUACAGUUUGUUUAUAACUUGUAAAAAUAAAAAAUAAAAAAAUAUACAUAUUAAAUUUAAAAGCCCCUUUACUGGUUGAAUUUAUUGGAAAAGAUAAUAGAUACGUACAAAUGUUUCCCUAAAAUUAUUAUAAUAUUUUACGAAUAAUUUAUUGUCAUAUUCUAAUAAUUGUCGCACGAACAAUUAAAUAAUUCAAAUAAUUUUUGCACAAACUAUUGUCAUGCGAAAAAUUGACGUAAUAUCAUUAUUUUAGGAAAUCCCAUUAUUUUUACAUGUUAUUUUUUUAUUUAUUGGGGUCUUGAAAAUGACAGAAAGGAACUAUAUCUUGUGCUCUAAAAGUAAAAGCAAAACUUCAAAGUGUAUUAAGUUAAGAUAGACAAUGUCCAUGUGUUCUUUGAACCAUUGCCUGAUUACUUUAUGAGUGGUGCGUGUCGAAUGCCAUCAUCUGUUCACAAAUCCAAAUAAUAUCCAGAGCAAUACAAAAUUGAAGUUGCAUACUUGGGAUGAAACUCUUGUCAGUAGAGUAUUAUGAUCGAAUGUACCAACAUUUACAUUUUACAGUUAGUUUUCGAAAAGGUGACAUGAUCCCAAAGAAGUACCAAGAUAAUUCUCAAAACGAUUAUGUUGCAAAUCUCUUAGUCGCCCUGUAGAAAAUUAAAAACAUGCUUUUUUUAAAGUAUGUAGGUUUGUUUCUGUUCACUGUUAAGCAGCUGUUUACUAAAAUAAAAGACCUCCUAUAUAAUUGAUAAUGAACAAUAUCCGUCACCUGUUACAAAAGAUUGAUGAACAUCUUUUUAGUAAUGUUAUCUUUUUUAAAAAUGAGGAGAUGUGAUGAACUGAUAUGGUAACUAUGAGUUAAAUAGUGUCUAACAUUCUCUCAGAUUACCAGAAACAAACGAAAUUAGAAGACCCUGAAUUUUAUAAAUAUUGUCUAAUUGAAGCACAAAACAAUCAUCAAUAACAGUGAAAUUUACUGAGAGCUUUUCACUUUUUGUUGGCAAAAGACCUUUCUUCCUAAUUAUGAAAAGAAACAGUAUUUUAUAUCCAGGCUUGGGAAACACUUAGAAGUGAAUAGCCACACUGUGAUUCAUGACGUGGACACUAUUAUUGUGAAAUCAGCACUGACUUUAGUAGAAGAAAAGCACUUAAUAGUUGUUGCUAAUCUCAACGAUAUUUUAGUAAUUCUUAUUUAACAUAAUAAAUGAAAUAUUUAUUUUCAGUAAUUUACAUGUAGAGAUAAAAAAACGUAAAAUUAAAUGGAUGCAAUAUAUGCUUGACGAAAAGGGAUGCAAAAUUAAUCUCUUUUCAUAUGUAGACAAGAGAAGAUAAUAAUUUAUUGGCCAAGAAAAAAAAAACAAAUAUAGUAUUCAAAUACAAGAACAAUUGAAAUAUUACAUAGUACAUAAUAAUAAUAAAAAACAUACAGAUUGUUUGAUUGUUGAUAUGCUUUCACUGAAUGAUACCACUAGUACCUUAUUUGGUAAAAGUAAAUCUACAGCAUAUUGACAUUAUAGUUCAUGUAUCUUUUAAAAUAUAAUCUCUACUUAAAAAAAAUCACAACUGCCAAAAGUGAAUUUAAUAUUGUAAGAUUGCCACCUACAGAAGAUGCUGCUGUACACCAUAUUCUCCACAAACAUUUGCAAUGUCUUUGUUGGAAAAUAUCAACACCAAUAUUACUAAUUUCGAAGAAAGGGGUUUAAAAAAAAAAGAACAACUACAGCCCAUAACAUAUGAAACAUCAUGUAACAUCUACGUGUCAAUGUUAAGAUGUAAAAUGUAAUGAGAUAUGUUAAACUGUUCUGGCCAAGAUUGUACAAAUUGUAAACUGAAAGAAAGUGAUUUAAAAGAAUUUGAAGAAAAUUAUUAAUUUUAACUUUUCUCUUUUGUAAGUUUAAUGAAAUACAUAUUAUGCAUCUGUAUUAUAAAACACAUUUUUAAUAAUAAAAAUGCAAUUUUUAACACUGCAUAACUUUUAGUAUUUUUGACCACCAUUUUGUUAUUUACUUUUAUUUUGUAAAAUUAAUAUCAUAAUCUUUUUCAGCAUAAAAUUAUCUUGCACUAUUUAUUGCACACUCAUGUUUUUCUAGAGUUUUAGUAUGUAAAAAAGAUAUUGACAAUAAACUAAACAAUUCAUACCCCGUUUUUGUGGCAAUUUGUUCCACCUAUUGACUAUGUUUUUCCUGUAUCUACUGUAAUAUAAACAUUAAUAUAAAAAAACUAUUUUUGUUGCAACAAAUUAAUUUGUGUUUUAUAAAUCCUUAAUUUUUAUGAUUUGGGAAUAGUGAACAUUGUUAUUAUAAAUAAUAAUUAUUUAUAAUUGAAUAUUUUUUCGUUUUAAUAUAUUUAUAUAUUUUUUAGGCUGUGAAAGCUUCGUUGGCAGAUAUUUAUCCUGCUAUAGAUGGUAUAGAAAGCACUAGCUGGAAUGACUUAGCGUGUGCUGCAUUUAUAGAAUUGACAGAACACCACCACAAUAUUGAUGCAAAUUUGACUGCAUUAAUACAUGAUAUUGAUGAUGAUACAUACAAUGUUAUUUUAUACAAUCAUACAUCAAGAGGAGAGUUUUGUGUAAACCAAAAACUGUUAACUCGAGGUUUUGGAGCCAACAGAAAUCCUAUGUCUAUUGUAUUCCAGAAACAAAAUGUUAGGAAACCAUCACAUUAUCAAAAACCUCUACCAAUAAAUUGUAGAAUAGUUAGUUGAACUACAAAAUAACAGAACAACCAGAAGGAACAUUUUUAGAAAAAUGACUUUAUUCUUGUGGCGUCUGAAAAAAAAUCACACAAUGAGUUGAUCUUUUAAAAUGUUUGUUUAUAACCAGUGAUUAAUAAUUACCUUGUUUCAUUUAUAGAAGUAUUAUAGUUUUAAACUGAAAAAAACUAUACAAAUUAAGAUACAUAAUAUAUCUUAAUUUAUGCAAUGACCUGUGAGGUUUCAACUAUCAAUACAAUAUGAGGUUUUGUUUACAAGUAUUAGAAAAAAAGUAUUGUUUUGAUAUGAAUAUUUAAAGAAAAUCCAAAAUUCCCAUUCAUGGUUCCCUUUUUUUUAACUUUUCUUUGGUCCCUUCUGGUUAUUCUAUUAUGUAACUUUUAUUUAAAUAAAUAAUAAUUUAUUAGAUUGUUCAUAACAUUUAUAUGUAUAAAUUCAAACAAAAUGUUAUAAUUUUAGAAUGAAAUAAAGUUUUCAACUGAUAGUGACGCAACAGUGUUUAUUAAGCCAAGGUCAGUUACUAUACAAAACCAUACAUUUCCAAAAAUGGAUGAUGAGAAUGAUGUUCCUGGUAUCAAAAUGUUAGUCAUUAAGGUGGUCAGUCCUUAUGAUAUAACUUUAAAAUAUGCAGACUAUGAUCUAGCAGAGUAUGUAUAAUUAUUAAUUGUGUACAUCUUAUAAUUAUAAAUUUAUAUUUAAGUAAUAUAUUAAUACAUUUAGUAAACAUUAUUAUCACAAAAGUAAUUUAAAAUGUAUCCAACAAAUCAUUUUAUAAUAUUUGUUUUCAAUGAUAUCUAUUUGGUCAAAUCCUAACUAGAUGUAAAACAAUGUCAACUUAUUACAGUAUUACUUUAAAUUUAGUUUAGGUCCCUUGAUUAAUUUUGACUGUGAUUUUUAUCAAACAAAACACAAAAGUAAUUUUGCUUUUAUUUUUUAUUGAUCACUUAAAAGUUGAUAACAGUUAAAAUUUCUAAUUUUAUUUUGUAAUUUAUAUCAGAGUUGACAUGAAAUCAAAUACUUAUGUUUACUGUAAAUAGUUUUGUUACUUAAACUCUCUUUUUUUUUUUUUUUUUGUAGAUUAACUGAACUUAUGAAUAAAGUUUAUACUGAACAUAAAAUUAAAAAGAUCCCAAAAGUGGAAUUGAAGAAAAAUAAUUUAUGUGCAGUGUUUAUUCAGAAAUAUGAUAACUGGUAUAGAGGAAAAAUUGUAACUGUACAACAAAAUAAAAAGACUACUUCAGUAAGUUAACUUAACUAAGGAGAAUACCACCUGUAAUUUCUCAGUAAAAUUGUUUUUCAAAAGAAAUUUUUUUUUUCUCCAUAUUUAUAGUAGAAUUACCAAAAUUUCACAACAUAUAAAGAAUACUGUAUUUGUUUCUUGUGUACUUAUUUUUUUCUUAACAAAAAUUAAAUUGAAAUUAUUGAUAGUGCAAUCAAAAGGUUUGUGUGUUUACCAUAAGCAUAACUUGGUCUCUGAACUGAGGGGGGGUAUGAUUUACUACAAUGUUAGCUGUAUUGAUUUUAUUGAAUAACUUUCAUUAAAUACCUACAUAAAAUAAAUAAUUUAGUGAAUCUAUCAUGAAACAUUGUUUAACAAAUUUAAUUGAGAAAAACAUAGAAAACAACCUUUUGUGAUUAAAAAAAAAAAAAAAAAAUGUUUUUUUAAUUUUACUGAAGAAAUUUGUAGAAAAUACUGUACAUUUUUAAUGUAUUAAGGUGGCCUUUGGGGGGGGGGUCUGUCCUAGUUAUGCUUUGGUGCUUACUGAUUUUUUUUAUGUAUAAUAUCUUCUAUUCAUAUUCUGAAAUUUCAGUAAUUCCACUAUAAAUAUGGAAAUAAUUAAGUAAUCCCAUACAUAACAGUAUUUCUGUAAUAAUUUUAGUUUAUUUCAUGAUUACGCAAUGAAAACUUAUAAUAAUGAUAUGGGAGUACUUGUAAAUUUAUUUGAAAGUACCUAUAUAAAGACCUGGAAUUUACAUACUGGAAAGUAAAUUUUUUGAAAUAAUUGCUGACUAACACUAAUUAAUACUAAUAAUUAGUAAUUAAGUUUUUUUUUUAUACUGAAUAAUAUUUUAAACAAUGUACAAAAAUAAAUAACAAAUUAAGAAAUAAAAACUAAUAUUAUUACAUUGUGAACCAAUGAAACUAUGAAUUUUAUGACACAUAAUAGAAAUUGAUUUUUUUUUCAGAUUUAUUUUUACGACUUGGACGAAACAUUAGAUCAAAUAUCUACAAAUUCUUUGUAUAUACUUGAAAACAGAUUUGUUCAAGCAAAAUGUGGACUUGUACAUUGUUGCAUGGACAAAUUAAUUCCAUUGGGUAUUUCAGAUGGAAAUUGGCCUCAGUUUAGUUGUGAUCGUUUAAUCGAAGAGUUACAAAAACAUAACACAAUAUACUUCGCGAAAACAGUAUGUGCUCUUAUACAAUAUGGAUUAUAUGAUAAAAUUGUUUUUAAUUUUAUUCUUAUAGGGGAAAAAAGAUAGUAAUACAGUCUUGGGAGAAAUAUGGGUUAAAGAGGUAAUACAGCCAAAAGCUUUGGAACCACUAUGUGAUAAAUGGAUAAAUAUAAAUAAAUUUAUGGUAGAACAGGGCUUUGCAAUAACUGAAAAACAGUAAGUUCUUAAUUAAAUAUUUUGUUUUUUCAUUCUAACUGAUGAUAACAAUGAAAGUCACUAUCAUAAAAAUGAACCAACUUGUGAAUUGAAAUCAUCCAAUACAAACUUAUAUUGUUUAUUAUAAUCUAUUAUGCAUUAAAUGUAUAAAUUGAAAAACAACAAUACUUUUGGGUUUUUGAAUUAUAUUCUUCAUAAAAAUAAAAAGUGUACAUUUUUGAUUAAGAAUACACCUACUAACACCAAUCUCAACAUCAAAUGUGUAAGCUUUGAAUUUAUAUUAUAAUUUAAGAUCUAUAAAACCAAAUGUACAUAUUUUUUUUAAAACUAACGGAGCAGCUAUAGAAGUAGUUAAUAUUUUAUUUAAACAUUAUUAUUGUAUCUCAGAAUUUAUUUUAUUUUGUAAAAAUUUUUUUUUUUCAGCAAUUUUAAGGUGAGUAAAUUGAAACAAAAAAAAUAAGAAACAUGCUAAACUAAAUUUAUAUAACUUCUAGAGUUUUUUAGUAAUAUUUUUUUUUUUUAAAUGUAAGUAUAUGUUAUAUCAAUUAUUUUAAUUUUAAGUAAGUUUUGAUUAAUUUUAUCUUAACUAAAUUAAUAAUACUGUAAAUUGAGUACCUUGUUUGUUGUUUAUUAAACAUUUAAUUAUUAGUAUACAAUUUUCAUAAUUUAUUUAUUUUAUUUUUCUGUGUAUUAUAAAGUUUACAUACAAUUUUUUUUAUAUAUAUAAUCCUUCAUUCUUAUUUUGUGUGAACAUUAUAUUUAAAUAUACAUUUUAAAUUAUAUUUAAAUACAUUUGAAAUCAAAAUUGUUAAUAAACCUAGUUAGCAUAGCAUAAUUACAUUAAAAUGAUGGACUUAAUUAUUCAUUAAAGAAUAAAGAUUUGAGUUUUAUGAAGGAAAUGUGUAUAUUAAAUAUUUUAUGUGUUUACACCACCUUCUUAAUAUUUAUGGUUCAAUAUAAUUUUAAAAUCGAUGGUGCAAUCAGAAAUUUUAAGUUGCAUUAUAUCCAAAGAAACUGUCAAAUAUUUAAGGCAGAAGGCGUAUUAUACCCAAAUUAUUAAAAAAUACUAUGCUACUUGAACAUUUGUUCAAAGAUAACACUGGUAUUAUUUAUUGUUUAUAACAAGAUGUGAACUAAAUUGAUAAAUACAAGCUUUUAAUAAUUAUUAUUAAUUGGUUAAGUUACAUAUUAUAUUAAUUUUCAUCAUCAACAAGUGUAUAAUAUUAUGGAGGAUUAAAUCACAUUAACGUAAUGUGCUUUCAAUUUUUAAUAAAAAAAAGAUGAUAAACCAAUAAAAAAUCCAAUGGGGUGUCAGAUUAAAGACUUGUCCAAUAACUAAAUAGUCGAUGAUCAUAGAUAAAUCAUUGUAUUAAUGACCUGACAACAUUGGAGAGAACCUGUCAACAAGUACGAAAACUUAACAAGAUUUGAUGUUUGAGGUACUACUGUACUUAAAUGUAAAUUCUGUAGACUCAGUUAUGACACAUAUCGAAGGCCUGUAGAUUUGUUGCAUAUGCAUGGUUGUUUUUUUUUUCGAUAGUUUUCUUAUACAGCUUAAAAAAUUAUGGAAAAAUGAACUCAGUUAUACAUUUAUUUUAAUUUUACACAGGAUUACAUUUCAUUACAAAUUAUUUUUGAAUUUCCUUCUUUUAAAAUAUGUACCUAUUAUACAAGAUCUUAUGUUACAUAAUUAUAAUUGUUAAAAAUAUAAAUAUUACUGUAAUUUUUAAUUUAUCUAUUAAGUAUGUUUUAAGUUGCUUUUAAUGGAUUUUAAAUUUUUUUUGUGCAUUACACAAAGUGUCAAAUUUUGAUAAUUUAUAAUCUGAAAAUUAAUAUUCUCCUUGAAUUAAUGAUUGUACCAUCGUUGUAAUGGAAAUAUUUAAAAAUAUUGUAGAAAAAUAAACUAAAAGUUUUAUCACUUUAUAUAUAGAUUUAAUUCUGGAUUUCAAUGAAUUUAAUUAAUUUCAAUGAACCUAUUGAACUUAAAUGUUUUUUCAAACAGGACGACAUAAAUUUGAAUGUAAAAAUAGAUUUGAAUCAUUUAAAAUCUAUGCAGUAUUGGUUGCCGCCUACUCCUUUAACUCAAUCUCAAUUUAAAGCGUAUGUGAUGUAUGUUGACAUGGAAUGUAACUUGUAUUUACAAUUAGAUGAUAGCGGUAUAAAAUAUUUAUAUUAAAAAUAAUAUGUAUUAUAAUAAUGUUUUGAAGUUUUUUAUACACAUUGUUAUUUUAGAAACUUCUCAAUUAUUAAAAACUGUUGAAGAAGAAUUAAACGAAAUCUUUGCUAACACUAAACCUGAACCUGAAAAUUACAAGUGGACCGAAAAUCAAAUGGUUAUUGUCAAAUAUCAUUUGGACAAGAAAUGGUACCGUGGAACCAUUAUAAAAGUUUGUACCCAUAAUUUAUUUAUUUUAAAGACAUUACACACAUUUGUAUUCACUAGAUAAAAAUAUCCCAUUACCAUUGUAGAAACUUAACGAAAAAUUGUAAAAUAACAACUCAUUAUUAGUAAAUAUUUGUUAUACCAAAAUGUUGUUUUAAAAAACAUUUAUAAAAUAGUUUUCUUGGAUUUUGUAUAAACAAUUAAAAAAAUUACUUAGUUUUUAAAAAAAUAUAUAAAAUAGAUAAAUUAUAGUGGAAGGCUCUAAAUAUUAAUACAAACAAAUAAACUAAAAUAUUGAACAGAACAAAAGUUAUUUCAGGUAUCAUAUUGUCAUGUUAAAUUCUGUUUAUUCUACAUAAUAUUAUAAAUGCAAAAGUUAGUUUGGAUGCAUCAAUGCAUAUUUAUUACCAAUUCUCUCCUAAAUUAUUGAACAGAUUAAGCUGAAACUUUGAACAGAUGUAAUUCUAGACCAGAAAUAACAUAUAGGCUACUUUUGUCUCCCUUAUGCACACCCUAAAGGGGAGAUAAGGUUAUUGGUAUUAUCAGUAGAAAAAUGUAAUUAUUUUUGUUGAUUUAUGAGUAACCUGGGUAAUACGGAUUAAAUAAAAUAAAAUUGAAAUUAAAAAUAAAUAUUAUUAUUAGUAUAUAAUAUUAAGAUAAUUUACCUUGGUAAUGGGGAUGUUAGUUUUUUGAUUAAUUUUUAUUAUUUUUCUACAGAAUACAUUAUAUUAUCUGAUUGCAUAUGUGUAUUGUAAAAUACCACUUACAGAUUGUAUGUUUUCAAAUAAAUGUUUAAAAACAAAAAAAAUUUAAUAUACCAUACAUUAUGAAUAAACGUAAUUCGAUUUUCAUAUUAAAAAUACUUAUAACCUUGUGGUGAGGUAACACAAGUGCUUGAAUACUGAAGGGAAAGUAAAAGUUUGUUUUAGAAGUUCAAAUUUUGUCUUAUUGAUUUUAUUAUUUGUUUAUAAGUGUGUCAUUGGAAUAGUGUUCCACUACUCUCUUCCUACCAAAACUUAAAAUCGAAAUAUCUCGACCAAAGGUCGAUGGAUAUUUAAAAUUUAACCUAAAUGUAUUUAAACUAUAUUCAAGAAAUUUUUAACGUAGGUUACUAUUUGAAAAUUAAAAAUAGAUAGUUUUUUCACCUUCAAAAAUGAGGAUAACAAAAAAUAACCGUAAUAUGGCGUCUUAAAGGUGUUUGUUUCUGACAUUUCUUAAAAACAAAUCCCAAAAAAAAAAGAAUACUUUCCAAAAUAAUAUGUAUCUUUGUAUUAAUUUACAUUAACACAAAUCUUAAUGUUGAUCAUUCUAUAUUGAUAACACUUUUAUUGUUCAAGUUGUUUUUAAUUUUACUUUUUGUUAGAAUUUCUUUUAGAACCCAAAUAAUUUGAUAGCUAUUAUAAAACAGACCAUUUCAAAAUAUAUGGUCAGUAUUUUAAAAAUAUCAUGAUCACAUUAUGUUGUAUGUUAUAAAUGUAAAUUCAAAUUAAAUCAUCAAUUAGAAUUACUAUGUAAAUAAUAUUAUUUUGCAGAAAAACGAAAACGGUCAAUACAAAGUACAGUUCUUGGAUUAUGGAAAUAUUGAAACUUGUUCUCACGAACAACUCCGGUCGACUGUGUACAUGACAGAUAUUCCUCAGUUGUGUAUUAAGGGAUUUUUCUCUAACAUUUCACCGGUAAAUGAAAAGCGAUUAGCUGUAUACGAAAAACGUAACAAAAUAAUAUACAAACUUACACCUUUUUUUUUUUCUAUAGUGUUCAAAAAACAAUGUUUGGAAUAUAGCCAAUCUGGACCAUAUACACAGUGUGCUCGUUGAAAAACCAUGUACAGUGACUGUCGAUUUGAAUCUAUCAUUUAAUAACUUGUAUGGGGUGAGUCUUACAAAGGAGCAGUUUUGACCUAUGAGCCUAUGAACAAAUAAAUAAACAACUCUAAUUACCUAGCUGUGAACUAUGUUAUGUAGUUUAUUUAAACAGUGUACUGGCUCUUUUAAAUUGUUUAAGUAUAAACAAGCAAUAGUAUUACUCAGCAAGUUUUAAACCAGGCUAAAUAAAACAGUAUUUUCAAAAAUAAAGAGGGUGAUACUUUAAUUUCCAACUGUAGGUACCUACACAAUAACCACAAUUAUCUGUCAAGUUUUCGUUUCGUAUCAAACUCUUCGAGGGGUGGGGGGUGACGAGUGUACUCUACUGGACUUAAGGGGCAGUGGAUAUAAUAUAUUAUAUUAUGUAGUGAUGGGUCGAACUGUCCGGACCAAAAUCGAGGGUUCCAUUCGAGAUUCGAAUCUGCAAUUAUUAAAAUUUGGAACCAAACUAUUUAGUUUAUACAGUUCGAACAUCGAACUUAAAAAUAUUUGCCGAAUUGAUUACGACAGUUUGAAGUUCAAAUUCAGUUCACAUUCUGCUAUUUUUGUUUUUAUCUUCAAAUAUUUUAUCGAUAAGGGGUAUAAUAUUAUGCAAUAACCUUGUAUAUUUCAACAAUAAGUAUUGUCAUGAAAUAUGAAAAAUCUAUUUUUAAUUUAGGAAAACUCAUAUUAAGUAGAAAUAUUUCACUGCCGUGUCCGUUAUCUUGUUAACAACAAUAAAAACGCCUCAUUUUACGUUAUAUACGUACAUUGAAUUGCUGUAUUUUGUUAGUAGGUUAUUUGGUUAUAUCUAUAAAUUGUUAUAGUGUUGUAUAACUCAACUCAACAGGACAUAAAAAUAAAAUGUAAUUGUAAUUAUGGUUGAUGUACAUUUUAAAUCUAUAUAGAGUAACAUGACAAAUAGAUCUUGCAUCAUCGAGAUCCCGGUAAAUAUUUUGAUAAGAAUUUAUACCGGGUCAGAGACAUUCAAAUCUCAAAACAAUAUGGUCCCUAGUCAUUUAGAUUCACGAAAUUUUUAGAUCUCGGCCAUAUGAAUCCUUUUAUUAUUAAUUAUAAUUGAUAGUGCCAUUAUAGAAAUGGCCAUAACGAUUAAUACUUAACCAGUGGCUCAUUCCCUAUACAAAUUAGAUAAUUUUGAACUAACAAAGAAACGCCAUACCAUAAAUUUAAAAAUAUAAGUACAACAAAUACCUAAUGUUAAUUUAAUGAAAUUGGUAUAGUGUUAAUAUAAUAUUGUUUGAAAAAAUUUAAAAAACUUAUUCAUACAACGAUUGAAUUAUUAUUACCUAUGUGUUAGAUUUUGACAAUUCUAUAAACCUUUAACCCUAUAACCGUAUUCUUCUAACUUCAUGACAAUAUAAUACAUUGUGGUACUAAGAUGACACCGAGUUCAGGGUUCUGGCAAGUUACUGGGUUCAUAUUGUUAAAAUUAUUGUGAAAGGGUAUAUUAUUUGAAAGUUCAAACAAAUAUUUACCUAUAUACCGUUAACAUUCGGAUAUCUGGACUUUUAGAUCAAUACAAGAUAAUUUGAUCCCGACACAACUAGAUCCCCACCGUUACCAAAGGUAUUAUUGGGAUGUAAAUGACCCGGAUCCUAUUUGCUCAUACAAUCUUUAUUGAAAGUUACUAAACUUUUUAUGGUACGACCCAUUUUGGAAAUAUUUAAAUUUUGAAGACCCACACGAUAAUAUCAAUAAGGCUUUUUUUUUUGGUUUAUUUUUCAUUUCUGGAUAAUUCCUGAGGUUUGUUAAGUCACAUACUCUCAUUCGCAAGUAAAGAUCCAAUUUGCUGGUAGAAAAUUUAUUCACAGGAAAAAGAAAAAGGCCGUAAUAUUUUUUAACCAAUACCUAUAUUUCGUACAUUUUCCUUAUUUAUUAUUAAAGCUCUUAGGAAAAUCAAAAAAUGGCAUUUCUAAAGUACCUCCCUUGUCCGAUUUCCUUUCGGAAAAAUUGCUAAACUUAUAAAUCGGAACAAGAUUUCUGGUAGAAGAUUUGUUCAAGGAUAGAAAAAAAAAAUAAAUAAAUAAACAUUCCUAACGCUCCUCUCAGAAUCCAAAAAAUAUAACGCGACCCACACUUUGGGAACUUAUGCCCUGUAUAGUAUAUGGAAAAAAAAUUCAAGUUUGAGUUUGACUGAAAAAUUUAAAAGUUGGGAUUCGGUUCGAUGUCAAAAAUCAGCGUUAUGCCCAUCACUAGUUAUAUAAUAUAUUAUAAUAACAUAUCCUAAUAAAUAAUAAUCAUCUGUUUAUAUUUGUUUGCGUGUACGCAUAGAUCAACUUUAUAAAAACCGAACAAUGUCCCGAUAUCUGUCAAUACUUGGUCAAUCAUAACAUAGCAUGUUACUCAUUUGCGAAAGAAUACGUCGAUCCAUUCAAUUUCGGUGACACUACAGAUGAAGAUUGGAUGUAUACCGAAAAUAAUAACUAUGCGAUAAAUAGAGAUGAAGAUGGGAUUCAUACUGCAAAUAAUAACGAUGAGAUAAACAAUGACAAGAUAAAACUCUUAAAUAUCGCCGAUUGCGAGAUAAACUUUACAGACGAUAAUCGAACAAUGACCAACAAAGACAAACAUAAUUUUAGCAGCACGGUGAAUGACAAACAAAAAAUCACAAGUUUUUCGAGGUUCCGUUUGAAUGUGGAGGGCGAAGUUAUUGAAGGGAAGGUGUGUGAUAUCGUCGGACCCACCCGUAUAAGGUUUUUGGUAUAUAAAAUAAACGGCCACGACAUCAUCGAUAUGCGGGACAAAAUGCACAGAGACAUGUUCAAUCAAUGUGUUGAUCUUCCUGUACUCGAAAAAUUUGAACCAGGUGAGCCAUAAACUCUAAAUAUUAUUAAAAUGACGCGUUUGUUAGUUUUGCGUAUACAAAAUACCAUUAAAUACAAAUCAAACAAAAUAAUGAACAUAUAAUUUUAAAAAAUUGUACAUUCUGACCAACAAAUUUAAAUGUUUAAUGACAAGAAAAUAUAUUUUUAUGUAUGUAGAAGCGUUGAUACUAAUCUGAUGAUAUUGAAACUUUAUUAUCAUUAUGUCUUCAAGUAGAAAAAACAAAACUUAAUGUUUUUGUUUUACUUUAAAUAUAGUAUUUUAUGUUUUUCUACUUAUUUUUUUUAAUUAUUAAGUUUUAGUUAUACACCUCCCCAAACCUUAUGACCAUUUCUUAUAUACUCACACAUUGAUUAUAUUUUAAUGUAUACAAUUGUUUCCAGGAACUGCAGUUAUUGUUUUACACACUGUAUUUUGGAGAAGAGGAAUUAUAAGCGAUAACUGUGAAUCCGUGAUGUUGGUCGAUAUGGGCAUAUCGAUUCAGCUGAUUAAAAAUAAGUAUGUUUAAUACCUUAAAUAAUAUAUGCAGUAGAACCAGUCCUGAAUGAAAUGCAAAUUAGAACAGUCUUAAUAUUAAAUUUCACAAAAAUCAAAAACAUGAAUGUAACCUAAAAUUGACAUUGGUAACCAAAAAUUGAGUCCAGAUUGAAAUAUUUUCUAAACCCAAAAAUACAAAUUCAGAAAUGUCUGAUUUUCACACUAUAUAUUAAACAUAUUAUUAAGUAUAGGCACAUACAGUUAUAAACUUUAAAAUACUUUGCACACGUAUAUUUUCAAUAUUUAUCAGUGCCUAUGACUUCUGUUUUAAAUUGCAAUUUUCACUGCAUACAAAUAUUUCCUUUAAAAUUUUCUCUGUUAUUGAUUAUUAUUGUCUAACUACAGUCUGAGACCUUGCCCACCAAUAUAUUUCGAAUUGCCGAUGUUUUCGAUAGAGUGUCAGCUAGCUAAUCUGACAAUAAAUGAACAUACUGACGAACAAGCCGUUGCCAAGGAACUGUCAAAAUUGUUGAGGGGUGUAAAUUUGAAAAUCGUUGGAGUCGUAAGUUACAUAGUAUUAUUACAAUAUGUAUAAAUAAUAUUAAACAUAAACAUUAUUAUUUUUAUUAUAAUGUGUCUUUAAAAUGUUUUGCACAGGACAAUCUGAAUGCCAAUGUUGUUGAUGUAAUUCUCUUUGAUGAGAAUGACCAUCUCCCAUACCAAUCGUUGAUUGACUCGAAAAUGCUAAUUCUCAAGUGA